GGACCGCAGACACCAAAAUAUGUUUACGUUUUGCCGCCUUUAGUUGAAUUUCCGCGUUCGAUCGGUUCGUACUGUCGCGCAUUACUGUUCUUGCAUUUUUCUAUAAAUGAGUGUCGACCGUGAAGUUUUCAAUAUUUGUGCAUUUGAUCUCGAAUUGUUUACAGUAUAUUAAAAUCAUUGUUUGUUUCUAUAUACUAGAAACAUCAUAUAGUGAUAAUUUUGUGUUUUUCUCAUUUAUAGUAAUACAACAGCGAGAAGUCAAUCGACGGAUUCUUUACACUGCUCUUGGAUUAUCAGCAGGUACCUAUAAGCAAUACAGAAUUUCGUAUUAGGUACCUAUUAUUAUAACUAUUUAAUAAACAAUGAAAAAAUAACGAUACUAAUCGUCAGCUUUAAAAAUUUGUUUCUAUAUGUUAUUUUCUUUAUUUUUCUUUACGAAUUUGUAUAAAUUUACAAUAAAUUAAUAAAUAUUUUACAUACUAUAAUUAUAGUAAUUAUACAUACCUAUUAAUUUGAUUUCUGAAAGAUAAAUAAAUAAUAUCAAUGAGUAGGUGCCUAUUAAAAAUAAUAUCAAUAUAUUCUCUAAAAUAAUAAAUGUAUAGUUAGAUUUAACGAAAUUAAUAUUAAGUACCUAUAGGUACGUAUAAAUACCUACUUGCAGAAAUUUGCUCAAUAUUGCAUACACGUUUAUUACAGGUUUAGCUAGACGCGUCUUUACAGAAAAAUUAAGUUCAGAAUAUUUUUUAAAGCAGGCAAAAUUUCCUCGAUGCUUACAUGCUAUAGUUAAAACAAAAUUCGGAAACCACCUUUUCAAUUUUAAUAUUUUCUUUUAAAUGUAUUUAAUGACCCAGCAUUUUGCUAAAAAAUAUUUUAUUUAAAAAAAUGCCAAAAUACCAAAAUUCCCAGAUCCCUGGACCCAUCCAACUAUAGCCUUAAAUGCCUAUUAUAUGAACAAAAAUUAAAAUACUAAUUUAUUUUGUACAAAUUAAAUAUAAGUAAAACAAAAUAUUUUCGAUAGAUUAAAUAUUAAAUUUAUAUUUUCUUGAAAUGUUCACCGAAUAGAUACUUAGUUAUAUAGGCCUUUUUAGACGUCCUAAAAUUUUCAAAUUACAAGUAUUCUUUUGAUUUUUAUUUUAUAAUUGUUUAGUUUUUAUUUGGUUUUAUGUGGAUAGACUUUUUUGACCAUUGAAAAUUCUUGAACAUUUAUUAUGAGGUUUAUCAUAAAUUGUAUUUAGUGGUCAAAAAAAUUGAGCAUAAAUUAGUAGUUUUUUAUUAUCGUUUCAGUUCGUCAAACACGUCAUCACGUCAUUUCAAAACAUGUAGGUAUAAUCAAAUUUCGCUCAGAAUAGUUAUUCGUUAGCAAUGAUUUAUGGUUGCACAAGUAUAGAUGCAGAUAUAUAUGAACUUAUAUUCUUUUUAUAUUUUUAUUUCCACGAUAUCUAGGAGAUUGAAGAUUUUAAUAAAAUGUCGGUGUAUUAUACACCGAUAAUACACCUAUAAUAGGUAUUUGGAUUUAUUGAGACAAAAUAUAGGUACGAAUCAUUUGAAUUGAUUCGCACACAUUAUAAUAUUAUACUAUUUGUAUAUACUGUACUGGUAUUAAACAUGGCACCAUACCUAAUUCCACACUAUAAUUUCUGAUCUACUAUCGACAUCAAUUUAUUUUGCUAAAUCCAGAUAGUUAUAAUAGGUAUGAUAUAGGACUACAACCUACAGGAGACAAUAUUAUACUAUUUUUCGAAUACGUAUGCUCGAAAUACGUACUAGAAUUUUUCCCGAACUGCUUGGAUUUGGAAGGCGAUUCAUGUAAACCAUGCAGUAUGAUAUAUAUAAGGUUAUAAUAUAUUAUACUACAAGUUAAUGUCAACAAUUUAAAAUACAUAAUAUUAAUCUAGAAUUGUUUUAUACAUUAUAAUAUAUUGUAUAAAUUAUAAACUUGUAACACUUGGUUGAUAAUAAAUUUAAAAUUAAAACAAAUUUUGUGAAAUUGGUUAUACCCGCGGGUUUAUGUUCUAAAAUAUUAAAACUAGAUAUGCUUAUAUAGGUAUAUUUACUAUUUAGUAGUAAUUAUAAUAUAUAGCUAUAUAAUUGAUAAUAGCGUUAUUGUAGAUACUUACUAGCCUACCUAGUCAUUUUAUAAAUUAAAUUUGUAUUGUACUAAAUAUUUCUGAUUAGGUAAUAAGUUUUAAAAUCCUAAAGACGAGACUUUAAAAUGUCAGAACGUUUUGAUUACUUUUCAUUGAGUAAUAAUGGAAAAUAAAAAAAUAAUCUUCCCAGACCUAGCCUAAGCGAACUAGAAAUUUCUACCGGAAAUUUGAUGUUGAUGAUGAUGAUUGAAGCAAGAUUUCUGGAAAAUUUAUAAACUGAAAAAAACACACAUCAUUGUAAAACUCAUACAUUCGUCCCUUACAAUCUAAAUUAUUAUCACCAUAUGUCUGUUAAAGAAGCUCUCCAAUCUGGUACUGAAUUAAUGUGCAAUAUAUUUUACAAUUUAAUACUUGCAUCUCAAUAAAUUAUAUGUUUGUCCUUGAUAAAUGAGGAACAUUUAAGCUGAAUACAUUAAUGCAUUAUAUUAGGAAUAGUUACAUUUGAUAAAAAAUGCUAAUCAAAAAUUAUUCACAAUUUUACAAAGCAUGUCUGACAAUUAUCAUUGUUCCUAUAAUCACCAUCACUGAGUUAUGUCGUAUUGUGUGCAUAUAACGUAAUCGUAUCUUGUUCGUCGGUAAAAUGGUAACACUUAGAAUUGCGUACAAUCAUAUACUUAAUACCUCAUAUAUGAAUCACGUCUGUAAAUGGAAGAUGUUUACCAGUCACACCUGUAGGGAAAAUAUUUAGUUAUAACUUAUAAGUAUAUAUCGUUUCAUAACUUAUAAUACAUACUAUUAAUAUAGACUUCAUAAUACUGUUGUAGUAAUACCAGAAAAUAUAACAUAAUUAUACACUUUAUACAUUUAAGUAACCUAAAAUAUUAGUAUAGGAGUAUAAAUUUAAAAAUAAUACAACGCAUUAUAACUAAAUGUGUUUUGUUAAAAAUGAGUGCUAAAUAAGUAUCAAGCAACUAAUUUAAUUUAGUUUUCAGUUCAUUCUUCAUCUCACUAUUUGGAGUCGACCACCUUCGUUAUAAACUUCCACCUAAUCCGAUAUCCCACCUCGAAAACAUCAGAUGUCCUCAUAUUCAUAGUCGCAUCCGACCCUUAAUUUUUCAAUCUUCUUUUCCACCUCUUUCCUCCUAUAAUUAUUUUCAUUAGAAUUCGUAUUGCUUCAAAUUCCUGUUUCCUCGUGGCAUGGUUAAUUAUAGUAAAUUUUAUCUAGUUGGUGCAUUGGAUAUUUGGGUGAGUGUUUUCCUUGUAGUUUUCACAAUAUUUUAGAAAAAAUACAUUAACGGUUAAUGCCAUUUCUGUUAUUUUUGAUUUUUUAUAAUUCGGUUAGAAAUAGUCGUUGAAACCUAAAAUGUUCAGCAAAUAUUUUUAAAUAAUAUUUUUAACACUGCUAGACUUGAUACAAUUUUUAUCUUAUUUUGGUGAUUUUUGGGCUAUUUAAAACAAUUAAAUAUUUUCGAGUUGUUGUAAUUUAUGUAUAUUUGGUUCUAUAUGGAUAAAAUUGUUUUUGCACAACAAAAAUUAUCAAAAAUUAAAUUCUAGGUUCAUCAUAAAUUGUAGAUUUUUAGUGGUAAAAAAAAAAAAUUAAACGCAAUAUAAUAUUUUUUAGAUUUAGAGCGUAGCGAGAGAUAUUUUGGUUUCAUUAUGAUGUGUAUUUUUUUUUUUACUGUAAAUAACUUUUCGAAAGGAAAUCUUGCUCCGAUGUAUAGAGUAUAGUAUCUUUUCUGAUAGGAAAUUUUGUCUAGCUGGUACAUUAAAGAGGUUAUUUUUUAAUUUUCUAAGGGGUUUUCAAAAUUGAGAAAAACAGAAAAGAAAAUUAUAGGUAAAAUGGCAAAUAUUUAUGGCAUGCCAUGAGGUUACCGAUUCAUUGUUUUUAAUUUUAUAAAAUAUGUUUUCUAUCAGAAAUAUUAGUUCAAUUGAUAAGUGAUAAAAGAUCACUUUUGUUCCUUUUAAUACAUACAGCCAAUGAAAAUGAAAGUUAUUUCUUGGUAUCUAAAUUAGUUUUUAUAAUAAUUGGAAAAAACCAAAAACAUAAAAUUGAUUAUUAUUUACAGCAACUUCGCGUCCCGUCUUUUUUUAUUCGUGUUUAAAUUUACUUUUUUUUUUAUAAAAAUACUAAAAAGUAGCGAUAUAUCAAAACAUAUUUAACCGAAACAAACUGAAUGCAAAACAUACUUAUUCCAGCAAAUGACCGUGUUGUGAAGUAAACUUUUUUUUUUAAUUCUUGAAAAAUAAGCAUAGUGAGAGAGCUAUUGGUUUUACUAAGAUGUUUAUUUCUUUUUUUUAAAUUUUUUAUCUUUUUUCUUUGUUCUAGUCUGUGGAAAAGUUUUUACCUAGUAAACUUGUUCCGAUUUUUACGUGUAGCAACUUUUCCAAAAGCUCAAAUUGUUUAGAUUGAACUUUAAAAAGGUUGAUUUUCUAACUUUUUGAUUUUUGACGCCUUUUUUUAAAUAAGAGUACUUAAGUGGGAAAAAACAUAGGAAAACAUCCAAUUUCACGAUGUCUUUAUUUUAUAAAAACACGGAUGACGUUUUAUACCAGAAAAAAUGAUUUGAUCGAAAAAUUAUAAGACACCUUUUUUGUUGCCUUUUUGAUUUUUUUUCUUACGGUAUCAUCGUCAAAACUUUUGAGCUUUUAAGGAAUUUUAAUUUUUAGGAGUUUUUUGGUGUAAUUCGGUUAUAAAUACACGUAGAGACUUGAAACUUGGUAAUAAUACUUAUAUUGGACUUACAUAGACGUGGUAAAAUUUCUAAAAUCAUCGGACGACUUUUUUUUUUUUAAUAAGCGUUUUGAAAUUAAAUUUAAACAAAAAUGGCAAAAAAUUAUGUGUUACCGAACUGCACUCGGAAUCGUCUUUCGUCAAGCAAUGGUUUAUCGUUGCUUACAGAUAGAAAUAAAAUAACCUAUGUAUCCUACUUUCCCAACUUCUCACCUAUAACAGUGGCUACUCCCAUUUCCAGUAUCAGCUCUUUUUAAGUAUUUACUUAUUUUAUAAUUAUUUAAUUAUGUAUACAAAAUAGAUAUUAUGUUAUAUUAUUAUAUUUUAGUGUAAUAAUAUACAAAUAUAGGACAUAGGUAAAUUUUGAUCCAGGUAAAUUAUGAGUUUAUUAAAUUUUAUAAACAGGAAGAUGAUAUUCUGUAGGUAUAUACACUUACUUAAAAUAUAAUAUGUGGCAACAAUUUAAUUUCAUAACAAUUUUUUUUUUAUGUAUACUACUCAGUCUUGCAAAUAGCCACGUUGAUUACUUUUGCAUAUUAUAGAUGUAUUUCCGCUUUUCGAAUGAUGUCUAUUAUACACCUUCAUAGAUUAUAAAGUAUAAACUGUUAUUGUUCUACUAGAUAGGCUAAUGCGUGUUAUCGAUAACAUAAUAACAUAGUAUCGAUUAUAAUUAUUUACAGAUAUCGACAAAUUGAUGAAAUUGUCCUAUAAAUCAAUUAUAUUAUAUGUAUGUUUUCUAACUUUAUUUAAUUAAUUAUAAAUAUGAGUAUUAAAAAAAUUACAGUUAAAUAAUAGUAAUAUUGUAUUUAUAUAUUUUAAUGUAUAAUAACUGCACAUUUGUUAGCAUGAAAAUAAUAUCAUUAAAAUAGUUUUUUUAAGUUCUAGUUUAUUGUUAUGGUGUUCGUGCCUAAUCAUCUUUUAACAAAAUUCUAUUUUUAUUCUCGAUUACUGGUAUAUGACUACAUUAACAACUACGCAACCUCUAAAAUGGUAUCACAAAGAAAAUAGUUGUAAUCAACAAAGCACAAGGCUUAAAUCCAUUGUUUGUAUCACGAACGUCCACUAAAUGUAAAUUAUAUACCUAAUUAUAAUUAUUUGAAUAUUCAGGUAGGUUAGGUAUACUUUUUUCAAUCUAAAAACAAUUUAAAUCUACAAUAUUUUAAACAUCUCGUGGCAUCAAAUUUAAAAAUUUAAUAUUGUUUAAAACAAAUUUUAGUAUUAUAAACGUCAUAUUUUAUUUUUAUUUUUUUUUUUGUAAUGCUGUAGUGCAGUUUACAUAAAUUCGUUAUAUUAGUAAAAUAUAUAUAUUAAUAUAUAUAAAUAUAUAUAUAUUAAUAUAUAUAUAUAUAUAUAUAUCAAUAUAUAAAUAUAUUGUAUUAUAUUAUUAUAUGUAUAAUUUAUGAAAUCGCUAAUUGCUAGAGGGGACGUAUUCAAUUUCUAACGAAAUUGAGGGCUACAGCCCGUUUCCGUCCCCAAAUAGUCCGUUUGCUCCUCAAGGGAUGUGGACAGGUGCGUCCGAAAGAUAAAGUAUUACCUGCCGAUUUCGCAUACAACGUUGUCGUAUUAUUUAAUGCUCAUGAUUAUUUAAUUUUGAUUGUAGCAUAUAAUUUAUACAUUUUAAUGAUAUAUUAUACAAUGUUGUAUAUAUCACAAUUCUAGUAUUAGCAAGUUAUAUUAUAUUUUAUUAUAUUAUUAUCCCAAUACACAAUUUACUAUAUGCAAUACUACAUAUUAUAUGAAGUUAAAAACGUGUUUAUUAAACUGAGUACUUUUAGAAAAAUGUCGUGUCUGAUAUCGGUUUUGAAAAAAAUUGAUUACCGAUUUUCCGAUAUUGUCAAUAUCAGCAAAUAUUUAUGCCAAUGCUCACCUCUAAGGAUAUUAUUAUAAACUUAGUGUUUUAUAUUUAUUUUCUAUUAUCACAGGAGGUAAUAAUGAUCUAGAUAGUCAAUCAUUAUAUACUCCACUUCCCCCCUACUAUUUUAUUUAUUACAAUAUUAAUUUUGAAAUCAUAUUGUGUUACAAAAUACAUGUGAGGUAUAUACACGAAAAGUUAAAAAAAAAAUUAAUCUUAAAAAAGAAAAUAGAUACGUAGAUUACCAUAAGUAGAUUAGUAGAUUUUAAUACUUUAAUUAUAAUUGUCCUAAUACUAUUGUUUAAAUGUUAUAAUUAUGUCAAAAUAUCAUGUUUAAAAAAAUCAAUUAAUAUGACAAUAACUUACAUAUAAUACAGGAUUUAUUAAUUGAACAACUUAACACUUAAUUACUUCAUACAUUUUGUUAUUCACUGUAGUUAUUUUCAUAAAAAUAAAACAAUCAUAAUGUUCCAGCAUACAGGUCGACAACGUUGCACGGUUUUAACGCAUUUUUAUUAAAAAUAUUUUGGGUACAAAUGGGUUAUGAUUUCGCGCACAAAUAGGCUUAUAGAAAGCUUUUUAUAAAAAUGUGUGAUGGGCGCAAGUGGGCCUCUCUGGAAUUGAGUUAUUACUGGAUUUGUAUUUAUCUACCUUGAAUACAUAUUUUGUACAAAAUAAGACUAUUCUAUCAAACCGUUAUGGAAAUACAAAAGUUAAAAUCAGUGUUUAGUGCAGAAAAAGGACAAAUCUAGGACAUGUUCCCUUUCUGCACUAAAUAUUUUAAUAAAUUACUGUAACAACUUUGUUUUCGUGUAAAGCAUUCUAUGGGUUUUGUUUAGACCUUAUCAUUAUCAAUCAACAACUUUUCAUCCUGUUACGUAUUAUUGCUAUUUUGAGUCUAUCUAUUUCUGACUUUCUGAUUUUGUAUUAUAAAAAAUAUUAUUUAAUAUUAAUAAUAUUUAUUAUACAAUAUUUUGACCAUUUAUAGGUAAAUUAAAAUUCUGUCAGAAUCAUCUUAUUGAUUUAAUAAUAUUAAUUUGUAUCAAAUCUAAAAAAAAAUCGGGAGGACCUUAUCUAUACAAAUAAAACAUUAACCUACAACAUCCUGCAUCAUCAAACGAAUUAAUUUUUUAUCCUAUGGUUUUUAACCUCAUAUUAUAAUAUAUAUUAUAUCUAUUAUCUAUAUAAUAUAGACUAUGGUAUUAAAUUAUAAAUUUAUAUUUGUGUAUAAAAUAAGUAACAUCUGCAGAGAUUAUAUUAUGUACUGCGCUUCUCACAAUAUCAUUACUGUUGUAUUGUCUUUUUACUAUAUAGGGGAGAGUAAAGUAUUAAUCCACUUGACCCUGUUAAAUCCUUCAUUUUCUCAUAGUGUAUAUUAUUGCCAUAUUGGUAACGCUUUUACUCUGGGGAACGAGUAUACCGAGGGACACUUGUCAGGGUAAAAUGCCAAAUGUCAUCGUUCAGCGAUAUAGUGGAACCAUAGACCUUAGUAUAAUGUUUAUGAGUAAAGCGCAUGCUUUACCCUUUGUACUUAAUAGACAUGCGUACAAUCACACCCUCGAAAUAUAGAGUGUGGCAAAAUAAUAAUUGAUUACACAUUAUGUUUUAUUAUAUUCAUAUAACGGCUGAGUAAGUUAGUGGUUAAAAUAUGAUUAUUCUAUUAUAUUAUAUUUUUUAUAUAUCAACUGUAUAAUAUAGUAGACAAUCUGUACAUAAUUCAUAGAUACUAAUACGUAGAUAGGAAUUAUAAUGUAAAUUGAAAUAUUAUAAAUAUGUAAAAUAUUAGCUGUCCCGUCGGUGUGGAAUUGGCCGUACCAAAAGAAAUUAUUUUUUUUUUAUUUCAUCUGUAUUACCAAAAUAAACCGGUGGCGUAUUCGAGGAGUGAUUUUUUAAUCACGGUUAUAUUCUGUUAGUAAUAAAAUAAUAUAGUAUUUAUACCUGUGAUAUUUAUUAUGUCUUGUGUACUUUUAUCAGCGUUACCAGUAGUAAUAAUAAUAUAGGCAAUUUUUGUCUAUAAUACAUACUACAUAGAGAUAUCGUUAAGUGUGUUGAAGUAAUAGUCAUAAAUCGGUUUGCAGGGGGAAAAAAGAUCAUAGUAUUGCUUUAAAAUUGUUGUAAAUAAUUUUGUGUACAAUUGUUUGAUAUAAAUCGUAUAAAUGUAUUCGUAUAUUAGUAUAUAUAUUGUAUUAUAUAAAAAGCCGAAAUCGUGCAAAUCUUAGAAAUGCCCUGGAAAAACUUUAUAAAACAUCAUAUUUUGGCUUUUGCCCGGACAAACCUAGUAGUGACCAACCUCAUUUGGGCAAAACUUUAACGUCCAUAAAUUUAAAUUUUUCAAAAUAGGUAAUAUUACAUAUUAUUAGGUAUAUCGACAUAAAUAUAUUUAUUUUAUUGUUGCUACACAUAUUGGAAUUAUCAAAUUUGGAAUAAUAAAUAAUAUUUUGUGGUUUAUAUUUGCAUUUAUAUCACUAAAUGCCAUAAACUAGAUAUUUCCGUAAAAGAUCAAUUUAUUAAUAAGGAGAGCAACUAUAGUAAUAUUACUAUUAACAGCAGAGUAUAAUAUUAUUAAUGUAAUUAAUAUAUUUUUUUUAAAUUUUGAAUAACUUUUGUCAAUAUAAUGUGAAAUAUUAUUAAAUUAGAGUAUUAGAAUAAAAUACUUAAAUUCGGCAUUGUAUCUAAUAUCAUUAUAUUCAUUUUAUUUUUAUUUAAACUUAUUUAACUAUAUUGGAACAAUAAUAUUUUUUUAUCGCUAUUUAUAUGUAAUAUUAACAAAAAUUGAAAUUUAUGGACGUUACAGUUUUGCCCAAAUGAGGUUGGUCACUACUAGAUUUGUCCGGACAAAAGUCAAAAUAUGACGUUUUACCCAAGUGUCGGGGACACUUCGUGUUUUGUUCGGGCAUUUCUGAAAUUUGCCCGAUUUCGGCCUUUGCCUUUAACAUUAUAUAGGUACAUACAUUUUUUUUUAUAAUAUUUAUAGUUUAUACUUAUAAACAAUUUUUUUAAUUGCAAGAUAAGAAAUUAAAAUAAAAUAAAUUAUAUCUGUUCCUUCUUUUUAACGAGGGAACUCCUCGCGAUAUUUUGAUAUUUUGUGGUGUAUUACAAUUUUUAAACUGCCCUCAUCCCCUUAAUUGAGCUCAAGAUACGCCACUGAAGUGACCCAAUUAAAAUAAUUAGAUUUUCGUACCUAUAACUACAAGCAAAGUUUUAGGUCAAUCCGAUAAGUAGUUUUGGCGUGAAGAGGUAACAAACAUCCAUCCAUCCAAACAAACUGUUAUAUUUAUAAUGUUAGUAUGAUUAUGAAUAAUAAUUUACUUAUUAAAAAAUUUUAAAUUUUUUAAAAAAUAAUAAUUUGAUAUCAUUCAGAAUGACGAUUGAAUAAUUUGAUUAAUAUUGGUGAAGUAUUAACAUAGCAGUUUAUCGGAUAAGUUUACUGUAUAACUUUCAACAUAGUUUAUAAGUAGUUAUAGAGCACUUGUUUAUCUUAUUUAAUUUAUGUACACGAUUUAUUAUAAUUAGUUAUGCAAAUUAAUAAUAAACAAAUUGUAAAACGGUUUAAUUACCGUAUCUAAAUCAACUUCAUAGCAUAAAAAUGUAUGUUUGGAAUAAUAAUAGUACCUCCAUACUCGUACACAUACAUAUGCAUAAUAUAAUAUAUAUAUAUAUAUAUAUAAUACUUAUACUGUAAUACCUAGUUACUACUCUAUUGACUCAAGUUUUUAAGAUAAUUCUUUGGUUCUAUUUUUGAGAUCGUAUUAUAUAGUUGGUCAAACACGUGUAAUUAUAUGCGUGUGUAUAUUCAGUAGCUUUGACAAAAUAUUUUAAAAAUAUUAUCAAAAUAAGGUUAAAUGUCCGAUAUAUUAUUAUGAAAUUUGCUUAAUUUCAACUCUUCAAGUGAAAUCUGAAAUCAUAUUUAACUAUCUAUCAUUUAUAGUAGCGUGUUGUUGUUUUAAAUUAUAUUUUAUUAUGAUUUAAUAUUAUAACAUAUCAUUAUAAUGUUUAUUAGCCAAGGCGUAUUUACAUGUUAACCGCUGAAAAAUAUCGACCUUAAAUAACUAAAAUACAAAUUAUUUGACGAGGACCACAAGAAACCACUUCUAAAUUUUGGAGAAUAAACUAACAAGGAACGAUCAUUUGUUUCUUCAUUUAUCAAUUUCCUAUUAACAUACUUUAAGUCAAAUGUCUUGUUUAUUCAUUGUAUAUAUAAGUAAUAAGUACCGUUUUUUUAAUGGGUUUGCUUUCAAAAUAUUUGCAUUAUUUGGAUCUACCCUAAUAUUAGUCAAUCCACUUGACAAACCGCACACAAUUAUCUUCAGAUUUAACUUAGUCACCUAUGUUGGAUACUUGUUAUUUUAUUAUCACUAACCUGAAUACUCGUUUUCUUCGUAAGAAGCUUAUGGUUUUACAAUGAUAUUUUUUUUAUUUUAUUUUUUUUUUCUGGGGCAACUUUUUUAUCUGAAAAUCUUGCUCCGAUUUACAAGUGUAGUACUUUUUCUAAAAGGAAAUCGGACUGAAAAGGUACUUUAGGGAAGUCAUUUUUUGACAUUUCCAAGAGUUUUCUCAACAAAUGGAAAAACCGGGAAAAAACAAGAAAAACGAGGACUGAGAUAGUAAAAAAUAUAAUUUCUAUUUUAUUAUUUUUUGCACAUUAUAUCUAUAACUAUAUUUCUAUUUAUCAUUACGUUUAUACUCGUAUGAAAAUUAAAUUAAUUUAAGUAUUUUGUAUUUUGUAAAAACUAUAAAUCGAAUUGGAAUAAAAAUGAAGUUAAAUUAUCGGUAAUGAUUUAGACUUAGUAAUAAUAUUAUAAAAUACUUACAUAACAAUCAAUGAGUAGUUUUAUUUUCGAAAAAUUGUUUAAAUUAGUUUAAUUUUUUACCAAUAAAUUAAAAUUAUUAUUUUUCAAUUAUCAGUAUAAAUAUAAAUGAAACAUAAAUGUGCAACAUAUACAAUAGUUUUUUUUGCACCUAACGCAAUAAUAGAGAUACGUCAUCACUUUGUGUGUGUGAUAUUAACGAAUAGCAAUGAAAACUAAUAAUGGAUGACUCAACGUCUGAGAUAUUAUCAGUAUAAUCAAAAAUCGUACAUUCCAAGACGUGAUUCAACACGUAUACAGUAAGCUAUGAUUUUUCUUCCAAAUCUUCCGAAAAAAUUUAACUAAAAAUAUUGUGUUUAUUAAUAUAAAUAAAAUAGUGUAUAAUACACGUGUAUGUAUUUUAAAUACAUUUUUUAACUUAUCUAACAGUAAAGCAUUAUUUAUAUAAUAACAGUAUAACUUAAAUUUUUUAUGAGGAUUUUGUAAGAUUUUUUUGAUUUUUUAACUCUCUGAUUUUAAAAUUAAAAAUAUUGACCGUUAGGACGUAUUAUAUAAUACGCAGACCCAUUCAAUUAAAAAGUAAAAUAACAAAAGUCCAAAAAAACUCUUUAGGUAACUUCAUGUCUUAAUGUGUCCACUUCCACCCCAAAGGUGUUAACCCCAUGGUAAACUAUAGUUAUACUAAAUAUACGCACUGGAAUAGCAAAUUAUCAUCACACACGGUUUAUACCACACUAGAUACUCUCCUAUACAUACGCGUGUACAAUGAUGAUCCGACGUGACGGACCAUUUGCGCGGGAAAGUCACUGGACCGUAGAAACGAAAAACAAAAAAAAAAAAAAAAAAACAUUAACCGAUGACGACAACCGCGACGACUCACCAUCGUAUACAGGGUGUUUCAUGUGAUGAUAUUCACUCGUUUCUAUCAUUAUUUGUAUUUUUAAUUAUUAUAGAAAACCCGUAUUAUAACAUAAAAAAAUUGAUUUGUUAGUAUAUAUAUUUGAUAUUAAUUAUUUUUUAAAUUUCACAUCAUUUUGACUUGUUUUUUAUUUUGUAAUUUAACGUACCUUUUAGGCUAUAGAUACUAUAGGUGUACCUACUUCACUGUUGGCAAAACACAAUAUUUUUUUAUACUGCUAUUUUUAAUUUAAAAAAUCUUGUAUUUAUAUGUUACAAUACUAAUGCAGUAAAAUUGGUUAAUGUUAUGUUCUAUACUUUAACCAAUUUUGUAUUGUUAUUUUUAAUAUAAUAGUGUAUUGGCCUAUUAUCAAAUUUUAAGCUAAGAACAUUGUGUGUGUAUGUACAUUGGUUUUUUUCAAUAUUUUAAUUUUUAAACCAGAUUCGAUAAUUUUUAAAUUUAAAAUAAUAGAAGUUCUAUUAUUAGCAUAAAACUUAAUGAAAUCAUUGAAAUGUAGUAUCGGAAAAAAUGUAUCUAAUGCGUUAAAUACAAGUAUUUCAAGUUUUAUAAAUACUAUACAUCUAGUAAAUUUAUAAUAUAUAUAUUAUACUUUUCAAGAAAACGAUAGUGUAUAAUGCGUUAAAUAAAACCACCAUGUAAACAUUAUUAUUAUUAUUUAGUUUGGCGCGUGCGGAGGAGACGCCGGCUGCUGCUUCUGCCGUUAGCCACGCGCUACCACUGCUACCGCCAACCGUUUGCCGUGUCCUGCAAGUACGGUUACGCUAGAUGGAGAUCAAAAUGCACGCACACAUGUGCUAUUAUAUAGUGUAUUACUAUUAUUUUUAUUAUUGCGGGUAUACGCAAUGCUUCGGUAGAUUGAAUUCGUAUAUUAGACUCUCGAAACUGCAGGCGAGAUCCGACAGAUGUCCGGACGCGUUUUUAUAUCACAAAGGUACUUACUUAACGUUUUUUUUUUUCAUUUCAGACUCACUAGCAUAUUCGUAUUGUAUACGAUUAUACAUCGUACUGCAACUGAAGCAUAUUAUCGAUAAACGUUAGACAUUUAGCCAAAACGUAUAUCCCUGAUGCUAUGUAGGUGCUAUAACGCAUGCAUCGUAAAAUAUGUGGGAGGGUUCUAACAAUUGGAUUUUUAGAUUGACUUUUUUAUUUCAAAAAUGUAGAAUUGACAACGCUAUGUGUUGAUAUUAUAAUAUUAUCUUAAAAUACGAACGUUAUAAAUUUAUAAUAUUUUUUUGCUGACAGCGUGCAUGAUUUUUUUUUUAUAUAUUUUUUUAAUAUUUAUACAUACAUAACAAUUUGGUGGGGAUGAUUGUAUCAAAUGCCUAUAUGUAUUUAUUCAUAAGUAUUCUAUGGUUAUCGUUUGUUUUUUUUCUUUUGAUCCAUUAUAUACGACACUCACAAUCAAUUUUCUUUCAUUGUAUUAUAACUAUAAUUAUAUUUAACUGAACAAAUCUAAACAAAAUUUAAUUUUGAUGCAUGUGACACGUUAGUUUUAAUUUUUGGUUAACAGUACGUUAUACCCGCAUCUACUUUCUCAGUUCAACUACCGGGUAACAUGCAAAAAAAAAUGCUUACGUAGAAUAAGUAAAACUAGCUUAAUUUUUAUUUUAGAGUAAAAGUACCUACCCAUUAUAAAAUUUAUAGAGAACUAUAUUUUGUAUAUAAUACAUAUAAUUAUUGUAUUAUUCUAAAUAUACAGCUCUGUAUAAAAAUACAAAAAUCUUUUUAGAGUCUGCGAGGAGCGAGGAAUGUAUUAGUUUUACUAUGAUGUUAUUUUUUUUUUAUAUAUACUGUAUAUAAAAAUGCUACCAGAAAUCUUGCUCAGAAAUAUUAAGUACAGUACCUUUUCUCAAAGGAAAUUUUUCCGGGGUAGUACUUUAGUAAGGAAGUCAUUAUUUGAUUUUCUCAGGAGUUUUUCUAAUAAAUGGGAAAAAACGUAGGAAAAACGAGAAAAUUUAUGAAAAUAAUGAUUUUAAUAUUUUCAAUUUUAGUUUUUUUAUGUAAUCUAGAAACAAUUAUUCAUAUUUUCGAGUGAUUAAUAGACAUUUUAAUUUUACGAGUGUUUUAUGUAAUAUAUUUAUUCGGUACGUACUUUGUGGAUAAAAUUGUUUGAUCAAACAGAAAUGCUUGAAUAUCAAACAAGAAGUUCAUUAAGAUGUACUUGGUGGUCAACAAGAAAAAUUUUAAUUUAAUGAAAUUUUUUUUUUUAUAAGAACUGUAAUACGAAAUUUUGACGAAAAUCGCAAAUAUUGCGGCCUUUAAAACAUGUAUAACUGAACUCCGCUCAGAAUCGUUUUUCGUUAGCAAAGAUUUUAAUCGCUGCGUACAGAUAUACAUUAAAUUCCCCUCUAUGUAUACUACCUUCCUAACUUCUCACCUACAACGCAUUGUCCCAUCAAUCAUACGAAGUAUGUCCGUCUUUUUUUUUUGUUUUUUAAAUAACUGUAACUUUUUAAUAGUUCAUAAUUCAUAAAACAUUUAUAACUUUCCCUCCGAAAUAUUGUUCUCUAUAAAUUUCAUAAUACGCACUUUUACUCUAAAAUCAAAAUUAAGCUAUACUUAUUCUGCAUAAGCGUUGUUGUUUUUGCAGGUUACCGGUAAUUGGGCUGAGACAAAAGAUCCGGGUAUAACGUCCUCUUAAGUCAAAAGUUUAAUCGUAUUUGGUUUGAAAACUGAAAUUUAAUCAUAUAUUUAGUUUAUUAUUAUUAUAGUCAUCUUGUAUAAUUAGUGAGAAUUUAUACAACAUUAUUAUUGGUAAUUGUAUUUAAUUUAUUAUUAUUUUUAAUAUCGUAUAAGCACUUGUAUUAUAAUUUAUAACUAUACAUUCGUGUUUUUAUUAACAUAAUAUUUUAGCAAACGUGUAUAGUUAAAAUAUUUUAAGUGUAUACCUACAUUUUAUUUGAUUUUACAUAUUAUUUCUUUACAUAAAUACAUCGUUGUGCUGUUAAAAAAAAAGUAACUUUAAUUUUUAAAUUUCAUUUAUGGGUAGGUACAAGUACGAUAAUUAUUAUAUACUAAGUAUAAUAUAUAGUAAUGUAUCCAUGUUGAAUAGGUUAAUAGGUACCUAUACAAAAAUAUUUUUAAUUAUAUUCACGAUAAAUUAUCUUUGUUUUUAUAUAUGAUUAAUUUUAAUGUAUUCGAUUCAAUACGUCAAUUACUCGAAAUCUGGUACCUAUUCUUAAAUAUCGAAACAUUGUUUAUUUUUAAAGAGGUAUAGAAAAUUGUUUACCAAAUGUUAAACUAUACAAAUUAAUUAAUUUUAAAUUUAGCGUAUACCUAUACCCAGCGUUUAAAUCACUGAACACACGCCUGUCACAAAGUUUUUUCUUUUUUAAAAUUGUUACUAAAUUGUGCGUGUUAUUUUAUUAAUUUAAUACCUACCAGUGGCCAUGUAUUUUAUUUUUAUCCUCUCGUAUAAUGUAAAUGAAAAAAAUAUAUAUAUACUUGCAGCCAACUCUAUUGCUGCGCGCGAUGAUGGCAUACGCAGUUCUAUAUAGAUGCGUGUAACGGUUUUUUCCGCCCCAUCGUGAUUUGAGGGUGCGUGUGCAUUUGCAGUAGGUCCCCCUUUCAAUUAUUCACCAUAGUUCACAAUGUUUCCCAAACACUGGUUUCUAAUGUACAAUAUACUUAUACCAAAUAUAAUUUUUCUUUACAAAGUAUAACGGUCAAUAUUAUUUUAUGUUUCUGCAAAUACCUAUACUGAAAGAAAAACUUUUAUGUUUAUAGUUGAAAAAAAAUAUUACAUACCUAUUUGCAAUUACAAAUGUUUAGUUUUGAGUUAUUGUACAAGUAUAUUAAUUAUAGUUUGAUAUAUUAUUGUUUUAUUGGUUGUGUACAUAAUACUAUACUCUAAUUUUGAAAAAAAAAAAUUAAUUUAAUAUAGAUGGGACAAAAUGUAUAAAUUAGACAAUUUUUUGAAAAAUACUGCAGUAGGUAUAAAAAAUUACAUUUUUAAAAAAAUAGUUUGUUAUUCAAAAAUUAAAAGUAGGUAGUCGGUUCAUCCAAAAAAUAAGAGUGAACAAAAAUUACGGUAAUAAAACAUUUCAGAAUUACUAUUGUUUCUUAAAUUAUAAAAAAUCCAAAAAAGUUAUUAAUACUUUUCAAAACAUCGCAAUGAUUAAAAUUUUCGUGGAACACUAUAUAUCUACGUUGAAAAUACUAUCGAGUGGGUAUAUCAACAUAUGAACGCAAGCCGUUAUUUUAUUAUGUCUUUUUGUUUCCACCACCAUAUUCUUUAAAGUUGUAUACAAUGUAUAUCGAUGUUAAUUCGUUACACCACUCACCAUCGUAUCACACAUAUUGUAUUAAGUAUAGGGCUAUAUUAUAUUUUUAUAUGAAUGCGGGAUAACGGUCAAAACUGAAUUCCAAUUGAAAUAAUAAUAAUAUGUAAUUUUUUAACUUACAUUUACCUACCAGUACAAUACAAAUAAUGUAAAAGGUUAUAUUAUAUAGUAAUUAAAGGAAGCUACUCGUAUACAACAAUAAUACAUCACGAUGACUGUAUAGUAUUUAUAUUCUACGUUAACGAAUAAGACGUAUUUUAUAACUCGUUAAAAUACGGUUAUAAAUACACGUAGAGACUUGAAACUUGGUAAUAAUACUUAUAUUGGACUUACCUAGACGUAGUAAUAUUUCCAAAAUCAUCGGACGCCAUUUUUUUUAAAAUAAGCGUUGUGAAAUCAAAUUUAAAUGAAAAUCGCAAAAAUUAUGUAUUACCGAACUGUGCUCGGAAUCGUCUUUCGUCUAGCAACGAUAAACGAUAAACAUUGCUUACAGAUAUAAAUGAAAUAACCUUAUGUAUCCUACUUUCCCAAUUUCUUACCUACAACAGUGGCCGCUCCCAUCCCCAGUAUCAGCUAUCUUUUAUUUUUUAUUUUAUUAUUUACAAGAUAACUUAUAUAGGCCCAUUACUUAUAUCAAAUUUAGUUUACGUAGUAAUGUCAUGCAUUUUUCUGUGGGGGUAUACCCUGAAAGUCACCCCUUUGAAAUAAACACUGGAUACAGUUCUAUAUAAUAUAUUUUAUUUUAUUUAAUUAUAUAUGGGCCUGCAAAAAGUCAAUAUAAUAUAUUAUGUGCUAAACAUGAAUAUAUUUCGUAAAUCGCGCAAUUUGUCUAUACGUCUUACUUAUAUGGGUUACUAUAAUAAUAUAAUGAAUUUAUAAUAUUUUUUUUCAAUUUUGUGUAACUGUGAAUUUGAAUAUACUUAACCUAUUUAAUUUAAUAUGUGAUAUGACUAUUUGUUUUAGAUUAAUUGGGCAAAAAAUCUCCAAUGUUGGGUGUCCAUAAUAUCAUACUGUACUUGGUAAGUUCAACAUAUGAAAUACCUAAAUGCUAACUUUUUUUUUAGAUUCUGAAUGAAGUGAAGAAUAUAUUGGUUUUACGAUGAUGAUAUUUUUUUUUAUCCGUGAAUAACUUUUCUACCAGCAAUUUUGCUCAACUGUAGUACUUUUUCUGCAAAAUCUGAUUGGGGUGGUUCAUUAAGAAAGUCAAUUUUUUGAUUUUCCUAUAAAAUUAUGUGGGAAAAAAUGGGAAAAUAGAUAAAAUAUUAAACAAAUAUUACACAAGAAAAUAUACAAUGCAUAUAUAAUUAUUUCACCAUAAUAUGACAUAUAUAUUGUUGACAAAGCAACACUAUUAACCGAACUCUACUCAGAAUUGUUUUUAGUUAGUAAUGGUUAAUUGUUGCGUACAGAUAGAUACAUAUAUGUAUAUAGAUAUACAUUGAAAUUCCAUUCUACCUUCCUAACUUCACACCUACAACAGUGACCCACCAUCCACCCAUCGUGCAAAGUAUGUCUGUAUCUUUUUAACUAUUGUUUAGUAGGAAAUUUAAGUGAUAUCAUAUUUUUUUUAAAUAAUAACCUAACAAACCACCUAUAUAAUCGUUGUAAAAUUGUAUUGAUUAUUUGACAACUAGUGCAAAAAUUAAUUUUGAUUACUAAUGACUAAUUUUAUGGUUAAGUUCGCACCGAAAUGUGUCUAGUUAAAUCUAAAUAUUAUAAAAGCACUAAUUAAUUGUAUUAUUAAAUUAUCAAGUACAUAAUUAGUUAAUAGUUUCAAUAGUUUUAAAUAAACACCUUUAUUACCUAUAUAUUUUACAUUUGACUUAUUAUGUGGCCUUAAUCUCAAAAACUCGGUACAUGCCUCUCACUUUAUUACGAAAGAUACUAGUCAUAAAAAAUAACAUUACUAUAAAUCAAAAUGUAUUUACCGAAAAAUAUAUUACACUCUUUUAAAAGAUGUCAAAUAUACAAAUAAAUAAUAUUUUAAAGAAACUAUUAUGUCUAUUAAUAUUGUUAAUACUUACUCUUAAGAAAUUAAACACUAAAAUUUUAACAAAUAGAAGAUUUUGUGAAAAUUAAUUUAUUAUUAUUAAAAAUAUAUUAUGCCUCUGCUCUACAGUUAAUAUAUUAAUUGUUUUUUAAGUGGGGAACUUAAAAUAAAAAAAUAAAAAUAGCCAUUUUGAAAAGUAGGUUUUUAAAACUGGUAAUUGAAACUUUUAUUUAGAUAUGGUCUUUUAUUUUCUACAAUUUUUUGAUAUUUUCGCAAUUAUAAAUAUUAUUGUGGUUUAUAAUCUAUUAUAAUAUAUUUAAUCAGUAUUAUAUCAGUACUAAUCAAUAUUCUUGUAGGUAUAAUAUAAAUUAAUUGAAAAAUAAAUUCUUGUAAUUUGAAGUGCUCUUACUUCUGUAGAACAAAAGUUUAAACCAUCACCAAACUAUUUCUAAAAAUCUGUUCUACAAAAUGACUAUUUUAGAUUCUGAGUGUAGCAAGAGAUUUAUCGGUGUUACUAUAAUGUUUAUUUUUGUAUUUUUAUAUUUAUAUAUAUAUUUUUUAUUUUUUGUAUGUGUAAACAACUUUCUACCAGAAAUAUUGCUCCAAUAUAUAUGGGUGAUUUUUUUUUUACAUGAUUAGUUAGGUAUAUAAAUAUAUUUAAUUAGGUUAGUUAUAUUAACAUGAAUUAUCUCAGAGAAUUUCAAGUGAAUUUGAUUUCUGUUUUUUCUAAUCAUUAUGGAAUCGUUUAAGCUUUAUUUUAAAACCAUUUAGAAUUUUUUAACCCUACUCCAUAAACCUUAUAUAAGUGCAUACUUUUGAUUUUUAAAUAGGAUCCCCCUCCUUUUGAACACAGAUUCUAAUAGAUAAUAUUUUUCUAGAAAUUUUGGUAUGCAUAACACCAAUAUCAGAAUAUCAGAGUAUUAAAUUGCUUAUCUAUGACCCUUUUCUACCCUUUUCUAAAACGGCAAAUAUUUACGGUUUGCCGCGGCGUUAACGAUUUCAUUAGUUUUAUUUUUUUUUUAAUGUUUUCUACCAAGAAUAUUGCUCCAAUAGAAAAAUGACAAGAGUCCUUUUUGUUACAUUUUUAGUCUAGUUCAUGACUAAAAACGAGUUUUUUUUUCUCUGUAGUUUUAUGAAUACAAUUGGGACAAACUAGAAGAAAACGUAGAAUGUUCCAUUUUCUAUAAGAAAUAUUGCUCCAAUUGUAAAAUAACGAGAUAUUGUUUGUUAAACUUACAAUCUAGUUAAUUGGUGACCAAGAAAGUAAUUUUUUUAAUAAUUGAGCAGAUCCUAAAAAUACCUAGAGAGAACGGUUAAAUUCACGAAAAUAAUUAUUUUUUUAUUUAAAAUUUUCUUUUUUUUUUUAAUGAACCUCUAAUUUGGUUAAAAAUAUGUAUUGAAAAUAUUGAAUAGACCAAAAGUUUUUUCAAUUGUCAGAUCAUGGUGGAACACUCUGUAUGUAUAACCAAUAAUCAAGUUAUCACUUAUCAUUUUAAUAUAAUAAAAUAUCGAAAUCCAUACCAACCAUUUAAUUGAUUUUGAUAUUUGAUAAUGUCUUCGAGAUAAUAAUUGACAUAUAAUCGAGGUAUCGAAUCGCUCAUCCCUACAUAAAAUAUAAAAAUAACGUAAAUAUAAAUAAUAGUUAUAAACAAUUAUCCAAAAUAAAUUGAGUGUUUUGUAUUUGUGAAAAUCUUUGAUCGCUAUUGUUGUCUGUUAUUAUAUACACGGUGCACACAUACAUUUAUAGGUAAAAAACGAACACUACCUAUUAGUUAUUACAUUUUAAUUGCUUAUAAAUUUAACACUAUUUUAAUAGUGCAAAAUGUAAUAUAUAAUUUGUUGCUUGUAAUAUAUCAUACACAUUAUUCAAUAUUAUUAUACCUUGUUUGAUGGUCACUACCACAAUAAUUGCGGAAAGCAAGAAUGGAUUUCGUUUAAUAAUUCUUUAACAUCGUAUACUGCACUGUGUAGCAAUACUAUAACUUGCUAUUAAUAUUACAUACGAAACUGUUUUCAAAUUAGUUACUAAACGUGCAUUGUUAUAUAUAUAUAUAUAUAUAUAUAUAACAAUACAUAUAUAUAAUAUAUAUAUAUACAGAUAGAUAGAUAUAUGUGUACGUCGUCACUCGUUAUAUUUAUAUUAUAUUGCGCAUGUGUUUAGAUUGCAAGGUUUAAUAUAACACAAUAUUGGUGUAUUGAACGAAAAAUAUUAUUUUAUCAUAUCCAAAAAUAUUACAUACAUACUUGUACAACACAACGACAUAUUAUAUUAUAUCGUAGAUAUAAGGCGUAAUAUAACGUUUCCAAGUGAGUACGAAGUACCCGUAAAACAAUGUUAGCACUUUAAAGUCUUCAAAUCCAAAUACUCCAGUUAUAUAUACAGUCUGUGUGGUAAUUUGAUACCUAUUUCUAUUUCUUAGAUAAUUUUAUUGAAUAUGCUAUUAUUUUAGAUACUUAGAAAUGUAUGUGUAUUUAUAAACAUUUAUUAUCUAUUAAAUAAUACGUAUUGCUCUAUAGAAACAUAUUAUUACUAUGGCUAAAACCAUAAUAUUAAGAUUAAAAAAUACGAAUUAUUUGCCUUAAAUUUUUAGAAGGUAUAUUUUAAACAUAUUAACAUAAGAAGUUUUACUAAUAAAAAUACUUAAAACAUUUUUUUUUUUUUAUAAUAUAAAAAGCAAUUUUUUUUAAUAUAAUAUUUAUCUUAUUAGUUUCGGUAUCAAAAUCGAUUUUCUACGAGUUUUUUUAUAACUACGACCAAAAUCUGCAGGAUAAGAACUAAUACUUAGAAAGUACUAAAGCAAAGUUUUCAUGCUUUACUUUAAUCUAACCCAUAAGAAACAAAUCAACAAAAUAUUAGGCACCCAAGUUUGAUACCAUCAAUUUUAAAUGCAAUGAUUAGUUAUAUUAUUUCAUGUGACACCAAUAUUGAAACAUAUUUUUAACUCUGGCAUGUUUUUAAUAAUCACCAUAAUCUGGGUUAUAGAAUUAAGUUGAAUUUGAAUUCAUAAUAUUCGUCACUAAGUACACAAAAUCUAAUAAACUUUAUACAAUUAUAAUAUGGCUGAAAUAUAUAUAUAUUGAUAAUAUGCAUAAAUAAAAUAUUUAAUUUCAUCUGUAAAUUAAAUUAUUCUUUUAUUCAGUCUAUAAUAAUAGCUUUUAUUAUCAUAUUAUUUAAUAGUUGCUAUACUAUAAUAUAUAUAUAGAUAUACUCGUAAAAUGUUAUCGAAUCCAUUACGCAUAAAUGAUUCAAUUGUAUAUACUAUUAUUUUCUUAUAAUUUUUUUUUUCUACGUUUUGUUUUAUUUUGUUUUUUAAUUUGUGUUUGUUAUAUUAUUUGUCGAAGAGAUUGACAUAAUUUCCAUUUAGUUCGCGCUCGUAUAUACUUAUAAGUUUGCUUAUUUUCGUGACAAUUUAAACAUAAAAAUAAUAUCAAUAAUAGUACUUUUUUGUUAACAAAAUGUAUUCUGCAUAAAAGCUGACUAAUGAUAAUACAUAAAACUUGGUACUUACAUAGUCGGCAUUAUGGUGACAGAUAUUUAAAAAAAAUUACCAAUGUAAAACAUUGCUGCGACAUAAAAUCGUCUCAAAAUAACGAGGCACUUAUUGUAUUUUUUUUAAAUAAAAAUAAAAGCUAAUCUUUCAUAAAUAAUAUCACGAGUUUAUGUGUAACUCAAAGAUAAUACAAAUUGUUUAAUAAUGUUAUAAUUUAGAAAAAUAAAAUUUUGAUUAAUUUUUUUUAAAUUGAUUUAUCAAUUGUUUCUUAUGUAUUUUAUAUACUGCUCACGAUUUUCCUUUACAUAUUAUAAAAUCUAAUAGAAUCGAUAAUAUUUAUGGUAUUUUAUUGGACAUUCACAUUUUUAAUUUUGAACGGAGCGAGGAAUGUAUUAUUUUUAUAAUUUUAAAUUUAUAUUUGAAUGGUUUAUUUUUUUAUAUAUCUGUGAACAACUUUUCCAAUCCAAUUUCGCUCCAAUUUUCCCAACUUCAUAAUAAAUGGGAAAACCAGAACAAUUUUCGAAAUAUAUUUAUGUUUAAAUUUUUUGUUUUAUUUUGAUUCAAUUAAAAAUAUUUGUAGAAACUUAAAGUUUGGACAGAAAACUUAUAAUUUCCUUUUCCAGACGUGGUAAAAUUGUCGAAACAUUGUAGUAAUUUUUGAGCUAUUUAUAGGCAUUUAAAUUUUACAGGGUUUUUUUUCGUAAUUUUUGUUCGGUCGGUUCCUAUAGUUAAUAUUGUUAAACCAAACAGAAAUGCUAGAAUAAGAGGUUCAUUAUAAUUCGUACUACGUGGUUAAAAAAAAACAAAAAAAUUAAGUGUAAUGUAGAAUUUUUUUAUAAGGAUUUUAUUAUCAAAGUUUGAAAGCUACACUAUUAACCGAGCUCCGCUCAGAAUCGUUUUUCGUUAACAAUUAUUAAACGUUACAUACAGAUAUACAUUAAAUUUCACCUCUACGUUCCCCACUUCUUACCUUCAAUAGUAGCCCACUUAUCAGAAUUGCGAAGUAUAUAUGCCCGUCUUUUUAGUUUUAAUCAUUAAGAAAACAUAUAUUACCUACCGUAUUCAAUGUAUUUCUUGUACAUAUUUAAUAUGUUCACUUAUAUUACUUAUACAAUCUACUGAAGCUAUCGAAUGGGUGAAAAGCCUGGACAUUAUUCUAUAGUCAUUAUACUUUUAUACUUUUAUACUGUUGUUUAUACCAAUUGUCAUUAUAUUCUGUUUUGCUACCUGCUUAUUACUAUACAUAAAUUAUAUAUAUAUUGUUACAUUGUCUAUGCCAUACGAAUAAAUAAAUAAAACUUAUACAAUAAUAAUUAUUAUGAAACAAAAUGAUACCAAAAGAGUAUGCAUACAACUAUUGUUCCUUAAAUCUCUUCCAAAACAUAAUCAAUGUAUUUUAAAUUAAUUUAUUAAGUUGAAUAUUAUUUAAUUAUAUAUUUUUAAUUAUUAACAGGUUAAACAGGUAUAGGGAUUGUAUUUAAAUUGUAGGUAUAAUGAAAAAAUUAGUAUGCCGUGACCAAUUUUUUUUAUCGUUUUUCGGGUGAUUGUUAUUAUAAAGUAAAAACGUCGCGAUAAUGAAAAUAUAAUUUCCAUAUGUACUCGUAUACAGGUAUAAUCCUAUAAGUAUAGUAUUAUUUGUAUCCUACAUUAUGUCUAUUCAAUACCAACCGUGAUUUUAACGAUUAAAAUAUUAUUUAAAAACUUACUAUAUUAUGCUUAAACGCGUAAAUAUAAUUUUAUACACUCUGGUAGUUUCUUCCACGAUUACACGUGUGCCUAUAUUUCCAUACCUUUCUACUUGCCUAUCUAUAAUAAUAGGUAACCGUAGUACCGAUGUCAUUCUUUACUGCGGGCACGUCGAUUGGGAUGCGAACAGAAGUAAAAUAUUUUAUUAUUACACAUAUAGUAAACAGGAAGGUCUCCAUGGUCGUCGUCGUUAUCGUCGUACACGUCCCGGAGAACGAACCAUUGUUGGUCGGAAACGGGCAAGAGCAGAAUUCAUAAUGAGAGUGCGCGACUCCAGCUCGCGGGUGUGUUGCCCUUUGAGAAAUGCACCGAAGUUGUAGCUCGCAUACUCCAUUUAUCACAGAAUAUAAUAUAAUAUUAUCGUGUACUCACCGAAAUCUAUUUACUAUUAUACAAAAAAUUAAUUUUUUAUAAUCAUAAUCUUCCAUCAUCAUCACAUUAUCAUAUAUUGUAAGAUUUUGGUGCGUAGGUGAAUUAUUAUAUUACGUAAGAAAAUAAUAUUUUCGUCAAAAAUAUCUGCUGCAAUAUAUGCGUUUGAAAUCACCCCCUCCCCCAAUUUCGGUAACUAUUAUAUUUGAUUGUAUUACAUACUAUUCCUCAAAUUAAUUAAAACAUAUUAUUUUUAUGGUAGGUAUAAUACCUUAAAUACGAAGACCGUUAUUAGCGUAUAUUCAACCUACGUUAAAAUCUGCAGAUGCAACUACUGUCAUACGAGUAUAAUAUUUUAUGCGACCCGAUUUCUAUCAUUGAUAAUUAUUAUUUAUAACAUUAAAUAUAGCCAGUAUAGGUAUAUACUUUAUAUAUAUAACUAUGUUAGUGUAUAGCAAAUAAUAAGUAUAAUUUUAAUGAAUAAUGUAACAUUAAAAAUUAAACCUAACCUCUAUUAAGUACCAGUAGAAAUUAAAUAGGCCUAAUAUUAAUAUUUUAUUUUAAUCAUAAUGUAAUGCAAUCGUAAUAAAUAUUAAUAUAUAAUUUUCAACCUAACCUAAUAUUAAAUUUGAUAAAAUUAAUAAUUAUAUAUGACGCAAUGCAGUUUACAAUAACAGUUUCAAUAACUAUAGUAUUCAAUGUUUUGAAGAUCUCAACACUGUAAAAAUCCGGAAAGUAUAAAUGCCUAUACCAGAAAGUCACGGACUAUAGUGAUCCGAUUACGAUUACGAUUAUCAGUAUUAAUAGUGUUUUUGAAAUUCCGGAUUAUUCUUGUGCGUGACAUUCCAGAAAUUUCUUGUCCGGGAUAUUACAGUCCAUAAGAUUAUAUUUCGAAUUUUUUUUUCCGGAUGAUUAUAGUCCGGGACUUUCUGGUUUUGGUAUUUAUGCUUUUUAAAUUUGUACAGUCCGGAAUAUUCUGGUCAGAGUAUUUAUUUUUUCCGGCCGAUUACAGUCCGGAUUUUUACAGACUAUCGUUUUCUUGUCCGUAAAUUUACAUUCCGGAAUUGUACAGGCCGUUAUAUUUUCCGGGAUUUUCUAGCCGGCUCAUCAAAGGACACAUCCUUAAUACUUCAAUAUGCUUAAACAAAAUUUUAACCGGUCCGAGAGAAAUUCAUUUUUCCGGCCCCAUUAUUUAUUUUAUAUAUUUGUGAACAUGACAGAUUUAACCACUUUAUCAUUGUUCGUCAAUCAAUCGCAAUCAUAUUACCUUAAAUCGUGAUCAUUUUUCUCUUCGUUAUAAAAGACAUAUGCACAAUACGUCAUAGGUAAUAAAAAACAUUUUUAUCGAAAAAUAAAAAAAGGAAUAAUUUUAAGUAUAAAAUCAGUUUUAUGAUAAUAUGAGUCAUGACCGGACUCCGGCCCACCGGGAAACUUCCCGAUCUCCCGGUGGCACAAUCCGCCAUAACUGCCUGGUUCCAUUUUAAGAUUCUGUAGGGAUGUACAGAGCUAAAACACUCCCUCUCAUAGCAACAUGGUACAGUUCAUAUUAAAAUUCAACCAAAAUUGUAUUACUUAAAUUCUCCUAUAAAAAAAACUCGAAUUCCCGAGUUUGAGCUCUUUUGGUACAAAGGAGCUGCUAAAAAUAUUCAAAUAUAACGGGAAAUUGAUUUUGGAGGAAAAUGAGAAAAUUCGACAAAAAUCGUACAAGAUUAUAAUAAUGAAGUAUAAUACUACUUUUUCAUAAAUUAUUAACUUAUAAAAAAUCGUAUUUUAGUGAAAAUAUAAUAAGUCAGAUAUUUAUUAAUAAUUUUUCUUUUUAAUAAAAUAAAUAAACAUAGUAUAAUAUCUGUAUAAUAAAUUAAUCAAAUACAGAACUAUAUAAUUUAUUACAUUUUAGAAUCCAUGUUUAAUAAAUAAAUAAAGAUCAUUGUCCUGAUGAGAAAUAACUUUCAUAUUUUCCAAUCUUUACGCUUUUAAGUACUUUAUUCUUAAAAAUUUUAUUAAACUUGUCCUUGUUAAAAAAAACGUAUAGGAAAUUCUCGUUCGAUAAAACCAUAUAAAAUAUAUCUUGACAUAAACUAGUAUAAUAAUAUUUUUCUGAAACUAGUUCUGAAAUCGUCAUUUAUUCUCGUUUUGAUGUCGGAUGUCACGGAAAUAUAACUUUCGUUUUUUUUUAUUCGAUGAAAUUAUCUUCAUUAGGUAGGUAUCUAAUACUAUCUGUAUAACGAUGCAAUUAGUUAAACGUUUCCCUUGAAAUAUUUGUAUUGAAUCUUAUAUAAAUAUAUGAUAUAUAAUAUCCUAUGUUUAUAUUUUUUUUUUCGAUUUCAGCCUACGGUUUUUUUCUUUAAGUAACCUAUAAUAACUCCAAAAGACGCAGUGUUAUGACAAAAUUUCAAGAGAGUAAAACAGUGCGAGACAUCGAGAUUCUUGUGUAAUCUAUGUAAACGAACUAACUAUAUUAAAUAUAAUAUACAAAGGACGAAGAGGGAAUACUCUUUACAAGUAAACCAUCUCAAGUGCUUGUAGGUUAUUUACAUAAUAAUAUAAUGAGUGGUUAAUUAAUUUACUUGGCCGACAAUCGAUAUAUAUAUAUAUAUAUAUUUUUAAACGUAUGUAUGUAUAAUGUAAUAUACCUACCAUUCGGUCAUUACACUAUAGAGAACGACGAUAAAAUGUAUACUAGUGCAUAUGCGUGGCUGGUGCAGCAGGAAAUCUAUUGCCUGUUUCUUGGGUUUCGAUCGUUUAGAAAUAACAACGUAAUAUAAUAAUAUAUGGUGCAUUAUAUUAUAGUAACAUCUUUUUUGUAAAAUACACAUAUAUGUAUAAAGAUACCUAUGUCAUUUAACGGACUGAACAUCAGUAUUCGUAUACGGGUAUACGGGGUGCCAUUAGUACAUAAAUUAUUAAAACGUGGAUGUUUUAUAAUUCACUAUGCACUUGCAGACUACAUACACCCGGGUGAUUGAUUUAACGUGAAAUACUCAUUAUGAACAAUCAUGAUUGUUUCACGUUAAAUCAAUCUGCCUGUAUAUAAUGAACUUAGGUUUGAUAAUAUCUUAAUAUAGUAUAUGUGCCUAUUAACUUGAUCGAUUAGCCAAAUAAUAAUAUAAUAUUGUUUUAUUUUAAUCCAUAAUAAACUUAUUUUAUUAAAGUAAUAUUAUUAAGUCGUAGGAUUUAGGAGGUACAAAAAAAAAUAAUCCUAAAUGGCUAAAGAAUUGUUUGCAAUUUUAAUUUGUUGAAACCUAACUCAACCUAUAUUAGGUCCUUAACCUAACCUUGCUUUAUAAACAUGACUAAAAUAUGCAUACCUAAUAUAUAAAUACAACUAUGAAUAUAACUAAUAAUAAUAAUUGUAAUUUGUAUAAUAGUCAUUAUAGUUUAUAGUGCACAUGAAUGUAUUCGAUUUUGAAAAAUCGAUAUCGGUAUUUCAAUCUUUUUUCUUUUUUUUUAAUGAUAGGGUAAACAGAUAUAUCAAAUUAAAAUACUAAAGUUAGCUCGAAACUUGUAACACAAACUAAUAAACUUUAAAUGAAAAUUGUUUCUUUCUCAUAUUUUAUAAGUAUGUAUUUAUAAUUUUAAAUAUACUAUUUAUUUAUUAAACUACCUAAGUACAAGAUUGUAUAAGCAGUGGCGUAUCGUGGAAAGCAUUUAAAAAACAUUUAAAGCACUUAAAAAAAGUCGUCUUCUUUAAAUUAAUAAUACAGUUAUAGACAAAUCUACUUAAACCCAUUAAAGUUUUAAUGAUGCGAUAAAUUACAUUUAAUUAUAUAUUUAUGAUAAUAUACAUAUCUGACAAAUAACAAUAUUACGUAAAAAAAAACACUUAUUGAAAACAUUUUGGGGUAAGAAGAUUAUAAUCCUCCACCCACUUAUUGACUAUGUCACUAUUUGUAGGUAUAUCUAAUGUAUGUAUGUAUGUAUGUAUGUAUGUAUAUAUGUAUGUAUGUAUGUACCUAUAUGGCUAUAUAUGAUUGUGAUUUAUAGUCUCAAAAAUUACUCAACCUAUUUCGCUGAAAUUUCAGUUUGUUGUUAUUAGUUCCAGGAGUGUUUAGAGAGAGGUUUUAAUGGGAUAGUCAACCCCUAAAAUGGGGCUCACGCAGACAAAUAUUAAAAUAUUGUACACUAGCAAAACCGGUUAAUAUAGCUAGCAUUUUACAUACAGAAGCUGUCAAAAGUAUACAUUAUUGUAAUCUUCAGUGUGUAUACAAAUGUUGAAAUAUAUGACCGUUGGUUAUUUUUGUUAAAUAUCGGUUUAAUAAUAUGUUUGUAGGUAUUAUUAUUUUAUUUCGUUGCCAUUGCAAAACAAUGUCGAUACCUGCUGCAAAAUAUAAUAUUAUGAACAUUGAUAUUAUUAUUCUUAUUAUUAUAUACUUAUACUCAGACUAUGACGUAAUACUUAUACGGUCUAUACCUAUAUUAUAUAUUAUACUAAGUACAUACAUAAUAUUAUAGAAUGAAGUACUCUCCGCUGUACUCGUAUAUUUCCCUAUAUUUAUUUAUUUUUUUGCGGUAUGCGUUUCAAACCGGUUUGAUCGCAUAUUCUAAACACAUAAUAUAAUAUAUACCUGGUUAGUAUUAAAAAAAAAAAAAAUUACACAUCACCAAACGGUCACCCUGCAAAGGGGAAAUAAUAGUUGCGAAUUCUUUUUUUCCUACCAAUAUAUAUUAUAAUAAGCAUGCAAAGUACACAAUGUUUACCUAUAAAGUACACGGCAUAUGAUAGAUGUUCCUAUAUUCUGUUUACCUAUCAACGAUAAAUCAUUGCUAAAGAAAUAAGAUUCUUAGUGAAGUUCGUUUAUACAUGAUUUUAAUAUUUACGAUUUUUAUUCAAAUUUGAUCUUAAAAUCAUAUUAAAUAAAAGGGCUGAUACUGGAGAUGGGAGUAACCACUGUUAUAGGUGAGAAGUUGGGAAGGUAGGAUACAUAGGUUAUUUUAUUUCUAUCUGUAAGCAACGAUAAACCAUUGCUUGACGAAAGACGAUUCCGAGUGCAGUUCGGUAAUACAUAAUAUUUUGCCAUUUUUGUUUAAAUUUAAUUUCAAAACGCUUAUUAAAAAAAAAAAGUCGUCCGAUGAUUUUAGAAAUUUUACCACGUCUAUGUAAGUCCAAUAUAAGUAUUAUUACCAAGUUUCAAGUCUCUACGUGUAUUUAUAACCGAAUUACACCAAAAAACCAUUAACCAUUGCCAACGACGAACGAUUCUAAACGAAGUUCGGUUACACAUAUUUUAAAAGGUUGUAAUAUUUACGAUUUGAAAAUAAUAAAUUUCGUACAUUUUCCGGUUUUCCCAUUUAUUAUUCAAACCCUCGGGAAAAUUAAAAAAUAAAUUUUCAUAAGUAUCACCUCAGUCAAAUUUUCUUUUAGAAAAGGUGGUAUACUUGAAAAUCGGAGCGAAAUUUCUGGCAGAAAAAUGGUUUACAGAAAAAGUAAUAUAAUAAUAAUAAAAAUAAUGAUCAUUAUAAAACCAAUACAUUCCUCGCUUCGCUUAGUAUCUAAAACGUUUUAAUUCAAUCAAUAAUUUUGUUUGUACCUACACAAACAAUAUUAUAUUAUAAUAUAUCAGAGAAUUAUAAUAAAUCCAUAUAAAUUUAAGUUUUAAAAUAUGAGUACGGUUAAAAGAAUAUAUUAUAUGGCCUAGUCGAGGUGACCACCUUACGUGUCACGUUUUUCGCGAUGGUAUGCUUAUACACUGUAAGAAAAAGGCACCCGUUUGUAUCCUGUAGGCUAUACCUACCUGCAUGUAGUAAGUAUAUAUAAUAAUAGAAAAAAAUAAUAAUAAAGGAGAAUUAUUGUUCCGACUAAAUAAUAAUAAUAAUAAAAACUAGCCGGUCUUACUACACGUGAGGGCCAAAGACCUCCAUUGGACUUACAGUGUGUUUACAAUUUACACAUAUCCGAUAAUAUGUCUUGUCACGGUGGGCCGCGCGAAUGCAUACACUAGACACACACACACUGUGCAGCUUCCACUGUUGAUUUAACACUAUUUAGCGUUAUCUAUGAAUAAUUUUAUGUGAUCAAUUAAUUUUUUAAAAAAAAUCUCUAGAGUACCUACUUAUAUAGGUACAUAAAAUAAAAUACAAUCAUACAAUUAAAAACACUCAUAUCAUUUAAUACCAACUAUGUCUAAUUUAUACGAAAUUCAAAUAAAAGUUCGUGUCAGAUUUUAAGUUUUAAUUUAUUAUUUUACAAUAAUAAAUGUUUUAGUUUUAAUUUAUAUUAGAAUAUUAUAUAAUAUGGGUAAUUUUCAUAAAACUACAAAACAUAUAUAUAAGCUUAUUUAAUAUAAUAGUAAUAUGCCAGUAUAGCACAUUGUUUAUUCAGUGUACAAGUCCUAGAACAAUUAUUGUUAGUUUUCAAUAAAUCUCCAUUUUUAAAUCUACUUCCCCGUGUCUACAGUAUACGAUGUUUUAAUUAGUUGUGUACAUUAUUUUAAUGUAAUACUUUAUAUUAAAAAUCGGCAUACUUUAAUAUUUAUUUAUUUAUAUAAUUCGAAAUAUUUAACAAUUAUUUUGUGUAUCGUAAAUAUUAAAUUACAUUAACAAACAUCGGUUUUUUUUUUCUUUUUUUAACUAUGUAUAUAAUAUUUUAUUGAUCAAAACGGUCUGCAGUUUAUACAUGGGAUAUGAACAUCAAUUUAUCCAUGGUUUAUUAAGUUUUCAAAAAUGGUAACUGGUAGAUGAAUACCUAAUAUAUACCUACAUAUAACCUACAAAAUAUUUAAAUUGGUGUACUGUUCUUGUGAGUAUAUUAUACUUUUUUUUUACCGUAAGUAACUGUCUAUAAAUAUACCCAUCAAAUUAAAUCAAGUGCUCCUUAUGGCCGAGUAUGACUCGGAACUUCAAAUCAAACAUUCGUUUAUAUAGUUUUCUUGCACAUCACAUUUUUUUUAGUAUUAAUAUAUGAUAAAAAUCAUUAUCAGUAACUGGAAAAUAACAUUGUAUAACAAUGGCCAUAACGUAACGGGUUUUAACGCACUAAAAGUAUUCAGUAAUGCCUAUACAUUCUUAUUUUAUUUGUAUUUGUAUUUUUUUUUUUUAAAUACACCACACGAUUUCGCAUGACACCUGCCAUAUGUAGCAUGAAAUUCUUAAGGAAAAUCCAUAUCUACACCGCCGUGUUAAUAUUAUGUAGGUAACAAAUUUGUUGAUGGACCGUGGCAAAAGAAACACAUUAGAUAAUAGUUUAUUCAUAAAACACUUUUAAAGUACACAAUUAUGGUAUCUACUACAAUCUACCGAGAAUUUUUCGACAGUAUGUGUAAAUAAUAAUAAUUGUUAUUCAUAUUAUAUGUAGCCAAUUUAGGUAUUGUAGACCUGCGAGGGCCGUCAAUUUUCAGUCCGAUCCAGUCCAAAAUAUUUUGUAAAAAAAAAAACUCGAGCUCUAUUCAAUGAUAAUGCUAAUCUCUUAAAAAGCCAAGUCCUGUCAUAAAUUUUGUUUGUAAAUUUGAUUCAAUAAUUGUUAAAUAAUUUAUAUGACAUUUCUUUAAUAAUAAAUGACAACAAUGAUGUUACAACUGGCUUUAUGUAGGUAUAUAAUUGUUCUGUUAAGUUUUUUUAAAAACUAACUGGAUUUAACAGAAAAUACUUUUAAUUUACCUAUAGAAAAUUAAACAUACAAUUUACAAACUAGAUCUAAAAAUGACCAAAAUUAUUUAAAAAUUAAAAUACCACAUUUAAAUUAGAUAUAUGGCUACUAAUACAGAAAUACAGUAAUAAUAGUACAGAAUAAUUUUUACUAAACUAUUUAAAUCCAUAUUCCUUCCAAAGAAAACUAACAAUUGAUUAUUUGUCUUAUUCUUAUAAUGAAGAUCUAUAUAAGUAGUAAUCACAUACAAUUUCAAUCAAUACUAUACUUACUAUCAAUACUCAUUAGUCAUUACAAUGUAAUAUCAACAAUAUUCAUUAAUCAUUAAAAUAAUUAAUUUUAUUGGUUUUUAUUCAAAUUUAAAUAUCAAUUAUUUAAUUUAAUAAAAUCUAAUAAAUUUAAUUAGUUUUACCUAAAAUGUAUUUUUAUAUUCAAAUUAAAAAUGUUGGAUGUAAAAUAAUUAAAAAGUGUUAUUAAAAUAAUAAUCAAGUUAUUUUUUCAUGUCAUAACUACAUAAUGUAUCAUGGUUGAUACAUUUAACAAAAAUAGAUUUCUAAGAUUAAUGUAAAAACAUUAGAGUAUCUAUAAACUAAUUCCUUUUAAGUUAAUAUGAUAUUUUUCAAUUAUAUGAUCAACUAUAAUAAAACUUUUUUCACUAGAUGCACUUGAAGCAGGUCGGCCUAACCCGUUAUAAAAUUCCAUGAUUUUAAAAAGCCCAAUUCAGCCUUUUGUUUAAUAUAUUAUGUCUGGACCGGCUCGGCCCUUGCAAGUUUUUAGUAGAUAUAUCAUACUAUUUAUACUUCGAUUUUCGAACAAAAUAAUGUUUUAACGAAAAUAGUUAAGAAUUAUAAUUUAUCAUUCUUUAUAUACAAAUUUUUGUGAUUUCAUAUUAAUAUCUAAUUAAAUAAAUAUAAUAAUGGUGUGUAUAAAAAUAUGAUACAUCUUGUAUCAUAGUGUAUAAUAUAUUAGACAAUAUAAUGACCUGUGUUUACCUUAAAGCUCAUAGAAAGUAUAAUACACGUACCAGUGCUUUAAUAACAACCUAUGUAAAAAUCAAAAUUAUAAUGAAUGAACUAUAUAGGUAGGUAUUCAAUUGAUAUUUCGUUUCUUGCACCUACAGCAGAAUUAAGUAUAAUAUUAUGAUGUCAUUAAAAAUAAUCAUAAAUCAUGCUUAAAAGUAUUAGUAUAAUAUAGUGAUUAGCAAACCUAACCAACAGUAAUAUUACUGUGUAUUAAAUUAUAUAGACACCAAUUUUAGUAUUUUUUAUCAAAUAAAAUGUUCUUUUACCACUACGUCAUAUAUAUUAUUAUUGUUGUUGUUUAACGGCAUUGCACUCUGAAUGGAGAUAAAUAUGAAAUGACUAACACCGGUAGUAAACAUGUGCGUAAAUCGUCGAAUGUCAUUGGGUAGGUAGACCGUAGACAUACAUACAUACAUACAUACAUACAUACAUACAUACAUACAUACAUACUUAUCAUUAUAUACUUAAAUAUACAUAUAUAUAACUCACUACUCACUUCAAUAGUUCAAUGAGCAUAUUUCCGAACGACCGAGAAGAAAGUGACCAAACGUGUUAUGAGAUAACGUAUAUUAUUGGCAUAAGAGCGCCCGCGGAGGGCUUGUUGUAGUAGUACUGGAGUGGCCUGCUGCCGUUCGCGAUUAUUUUUAAUCGUGAACAUUCUUUCGCGUUAUCGUAAACUAUAUAAAAAAAAAAAAUACGUACACCCGCGGUAUAUAGUUGGCACCUGGUAGUAUUAUAAUAAUAUGGCUAUAUUAUGGUCUGUACAAAACGAUCAUCAUAAUAACAAUAAUCCAUCUUUGUAAUAUAUUACCUACGUGGCUAUAAUAUUAUGAUAUACAAAUUAUAUUUUAUAAUAUGCGAUGAUCGAAUAUACCUAUAUUGGCUAUUAUAUAAAGAGACAUAUUUUCUUAUUGUUUUGCAAUUUCGCAUUUUUUAUACGCGCAUAUUAUUAUAAUUUAAUGUAUUCUCUCCUAUAUAUCGCGAGUCACAUUCGUCGAAUAUUGAGUAUAUACAUUAUACAUUCAAUCAUAUAUAAUACGCACGUAUAGUUGAUAAAUUAUUUUAUUGGUGUAUAAUAUUUAUAGAUGACAGUAUACAUGUAGCCCGUACUAAACAAUUUUUAAACAUUCUGCACUCGUUAAUUUUCCAAAAUAUAAGAGCACGUCUCGCCGAUAAUUUUCAGUAAUAAAAACGUGCUUUUCCCUUAGUGCAAAACAACACAAGUAUAUUUCAAAAAAUGUCAGAGAUAAAAUACUUGAUAUAAAAGUAUUUCAAAGAGAAUAAUAAUUAUUAUCAUAUUUUAAAAUAUCAUUCAGAAAAAUAUGAACUAAAAUUUAAGAGUAAAAAAUAAUAAUAACACUCUUUUCAUUUGUCAAAUUUCAUGGCCAUACAACAUAUUCUGAUAAUGAUGAUACAGGACUCUCGGUGGAGGGGGUAUACUUCAUAUUUUUGAGUUAAUGAUUUCAUUAUUUUUAAAAAUAUUGCUUUAAAAUUAAUUAUACUUACUCCUUAAAUACUGAAUGCAUAACGUAUAUAAUAUUUUAAUAAUUAUUUUAAUGCAGAUCAAUAUAAUAUUAAAACAACAACGUAAAUGAUUAUAUUAAAAAAUAGAUACAAUAUAUUAUUGAUUAAAACUUCAGAACAAAAUCGCAUACCUAUUUAUAUUGUGUUAGGUAUAAUACUAUGUCAAAAUAAUAAACUUCGGAAUUAGUAAAAAUAUCAAAUUAAUAUGUCUCUACGUAUGCAAAUAAUAUUAUAAAUCAUUUUUAUACCCAUACAAAUUAUUAUAUUUCUAUUUUUUAAUAAUUUAAAUCGUAAAAGCUGCAGCGUUAUUAAGUAUAGAUUGUAAAUUUUAUGUAAAAAUAAAAAAAUCAUAUAAGUAAAUAUGUCUCCUAAGUGUAUUCUAUCAUUUUUUAAAUUUAAGUAGGUACUCGUGUAUUUUAAAGUGAAUAAUAAUUUUGACAGUAGCCCAUGGACAAAAUCAUAUAUCACAUUAUCACAUACACGGCGUAUAAUAUUAUAGUCAUAAACGUAUACAUUUUUACUGUCUGUAUUCUUUAUUUAUCCUUAGUUCACUCUAUUUCAGAAUAUGGGGUAGUAAUGUGGCGCCCAUACCAAGGCGCGUGACGAAUUAAGAUUGAAGCGAAAAAAACAGAUUUCUAUCCUACGUUGCCUUCAAGUUAAAAAUCAAGUAUCCCAUCCAUGACUACUCACUAAUUUCCUCCACCCUUCGAAUCCCUACUUUAGCCUCUCGCCGGGCUGAGGCUGAUCUUCACUUCAUCACUUCACUUCUUGAGGGAUCUCUCGAUUAUCCCAAUUUGUUCUCUUCUACUUAUUUCGUGUUCCUACCUACUUUUCAAGGAAUCAUGCCCUUUUUAAAUUACCGUAUAACCGUACUUAUUAUGGCUUCAAACCACCCACUGCAAAAAAUAUUACAGUAACCUUAAUUCAGCUUGGUCUCGGCCACUUCUCCACAAUUAAUGUAUUACUUAACAAUAUUAUACAUUUGUUAUAUUUAGCUACUAAUUUACUAUAUUUAUAUUAUAAUCAAGUUACUGUUUUUCAAAUUAAUGCCUGUGAUAGCGUAAAUAAAUAAAAUAAUAAUAAUAAUUAUUGUUAUUAUUAUUAUUACAUCUACAUCACCGAACAUUCGUCCCGAAGAUAGGGUGGCGUGGUGGAUCCGAAGGGAUCAAGAAAGAUAGACUGAUAUAAGUUAAGAUAUAAGUCUAUGAAUAUAAUACCUAUAUCGAAUAUUAGAAUAAUAUAUACUCGUAUACUUGUUUAUAACAAUGUGUAUACAGAUCAAAAUUCCGACCCUUAAACCCUGACAGAUAUUACUAAAUUAAUUGUUCACCUUAGAGUACACGUUCAGAUUAUAUUGGGUCUGACCACUUUAGCAAAUACUCUAUAUAAGAUUAUGAAAUCCUCAACGACAUUUUAGCGACAUUCUACAUAUCACCGGAUCUAGACGUUGUUUGGAUUUCAACUGUCGGAAUUUCGGUGUCGGGAUUUUAACCCGGGAGCCCUAUUUUUAUAUUAUAUUAUAUGAUAUAAAACACUAAAAUAGAAAUAUUAUGUAUGAAAAAUAUAGUAGUACCUAUAGAGAAAAUGAAGAAUAUUACGGUGUAUUGUAUAUAGAGUCCACGUUAAAUGGAACACUAUGUAUUAUUUGAAAAUUUUUGAUCAAAAUUAAUUAACCUAUAUUUUAUUUUUUUUAAUUUAUACGUUUAAUCCAACGUAACUGUUUUCAUCUAAGACAUUUUAGACAAAAAAAUUCUAUAUAGUGAGACUUGAGGAAUAUAUACUGUUAUUAUGAUGACAGAAAAACUGAUAGAAAUUGUUGAAUACUGCGUUGGACGACACCCAGAAACGGUUAGGUUUUCAUUAUUAUUAUCAUUUUUUUUUUACAUACUUUUCACCGCUGUGUCCAUCACGUGUGUCGGUGAGGAGGAUACGUGUUGUACACAACAAUAUAACGCAUCCAGUGUAUUAUAUUAGUGAGUAUACAAUAGAGGAAAAAAAUAGUGAUUCAUGUAAAAUGGAGCCUGGGGGCUAUAGUUCAGUGGACGAUAUUAAAAUCUGUUUUGAUCUUAAUACGUCUAAAUAAAAAUUGGUAUUCUUUUGUUUUGUAUGCUGAGGUAGGGUUGGUAUAUAUUGAAACAUGUACAGCAUACAGAGCGUGUCUUUACACUAGUUGGAAAAAUCAUCGCCCGAGCCGACGGAAUAAGAUUUGGUUUGACUAUAUAAUAGUAAACAAAAAUGUAGAAUGUAAUUUUCAUACACGAGUAACACGACUAAAUUUUUAAUAUAAAUCAAAAGAUGUAAGGAGACGCUGUGAUGUAUAUAGAAAGAUUAUUAUAAUGUUAUUUGCAUAUGCGAUUACAUUCCGGUGUUUUUUUUCGGAGAACUUAACUGCAUAUUAAAGCUCCAUUCACAGUAGGUACUCACAUAUAUUAAAACAAAGAGAAAAUUAAUUUUCGUUUAGCUAUUAGAAUAUGUGCAAAGAAACAAUGUAUGAAUAUAAUGUUGCACGGACAAAAAAAUGGGUGCAGUUGUCUGUAUAUUAUAUAUUGUAUAAUCUCAACGGUUUUUAAUUUGUUUUUUAUCAUAUAACUAACUUUAUUGCGGUUAUUAAUUAUUUCUAGAUUCAGAAAAACAAAUUAACCUAGUAUAAUAAUAAAAUUCAAAAGCGGACCUACGGGAAAAGCACCAGGGACAAGUGUUAUCCCAGUUACUAAAAAAACAAAAUAAAAUUUAUAUAAUUAUAUUAAUUUAUAAAUGUUGAUGUUAAGACAAAGGUCAAAUAUUAUAUGAACGAUGUUCUUAAUUACUGAUAAAGUGAUAACAUUAAACAUAAAUAAGGAAAAUAAUGCAAUUUAAUACUUAUUCAAACUUUUCACGUCGUUUUCAUGUUUCUACAAAGUUAUCAAUUUGUUUGCAGAAAUGUUUUUAUUCAUCAUGUCGCGGACCGCAGUAUUAAAAACUACAUAAAAUAUGUUAUACUAUGAGGUUAAUACUAAUAAUGACUUCAUGUUAAACAAUCAUAGCUAUGAGUAAUUUGAUAAUUAUUGUCUAAUAUAUAUAUAUAUAUACAAAGAUAAUCUCUAGUUCGUUUGAAACAUAUAUUUUAUAGUGCAGACUCCUAAUGAUUGAAAGAGUUGGAGGGGUAGAAAGGCAUCUUGUUAUCAGAAACUUGAAAAAAGAAUUAAGAGAACAUAAUAUUUUAUAGUUAUAAUACUCGUAAUGUAAUCAUAAUGACGUUUUUUGUUUUUACUUCAAUGAUAAUAUAUUAUGUAGUAUAUUAUAAUGUUCGUUUUCUUAUAAAUUUAACUUAUAUUAACCUGACUAUGUGGAUGGUGUAAUUUAGUAGAAUACAGUUUGUGCCUACACACCUAACUAUAAGUUCUAUAGAACUUAUAAGCCAUCAGCAUAUAAUUAGCUUAGUAUAUUAUUAUUUACCUGGUUUUCGUAGAUAUAUGAUAAAAUCGGGGUUGUCCGAGUGCGUCCCGAAAUGAUCAGUUUUCAAUGUACUAAGUGCGUCCGGAGUAUAGGGGUCACCCGAAUGCGUCCCAAUAAAAAAAGAUAAUUUUUUCAACGUAGCCCGAAGUUCACUCGUAGUUACCCAGGAUACACCGCGAGAUGAUGAACUGACUUAAACCCCAAAAAUAUUAAGUUAUUUUACUAUCUAUUGUACUCAUUUAAGUUGGUUAUACAAUAGAUACAGAAUACAGAAUAGUCUUUAGAUUAGGUACUAUUUAAUUUUUUUUUUUUUUUGCACUUGGAAACGUAAUAAUAUUUUUUUUUAAAUUUUGAAAAAUACGGUAUGACACUUAUUCACUAGCUUAGUUGUAACUACCAGCCAUACUCCACAGUCUUAUUGAAUUUUAUUAUCAAAGUUAAAACAAAAUAUUGUUUUCCCACUGAUCAGUUUGUUAGCUUUUAAGUAGGUAUAAAUAAGUACUUACCUAAGACUGUAUCGAUACGACUGCGGACGCAAUCGAAAAAUUCAAAAAAAAUUGUCGAUAAGACCGCGGACGCACUCAGGCUAUGUAAAAGAUAAAAAUUAAAAAUGGGACGCACUCGGUAUAUCCCCGAUAAAAUGUUUCUCUUUAAAAAAAAAAAAAUAAAAUAUUGAAUCAAUCCGAACAGUACAUGGUAAUGAUAAUAUAGGUAUAUAGGUAUUAUAUAUAUAAUAAACUGGUAUAUGAUAUAAUGCAUUCCUAUAUAUAUGUACGAGACUGUGGUGUGGUUCCGAAAACUACCUACCUGUGUACCUGGAUAUUUAUUUUUUUAUGUUUUACCGUGACCCGUUUCGAAAAGUAAUAAUAUAUAAGUGAACUCGGUCCUCAUCGUGUCACCCUCAGUACCCGUGAGUAUAUAAGGAAACGAUUGUUAUUCAGUCACGGCUAUACAGGACUAAUCUAUAUAGUUUAUUGUUCGAGGUUCUAUAAUCUAUAUAAUACGUUAUCGGUCACGCCCGCACAAAAUAUCUUGAGAAAGGAACAACAAAAAGAACUUAAUAUUAUCCGUUCGUAUUAUUAUUAUUUUAUUUCCACGCCCAGAGAUUCUUAGAAACGAACUUUGAUAGCUACCGCGUCCAUAAUUCUCGCGUUUUAUACUAGUACAUGUUAUAUAUUCAGUUUUAUAUAAAACCAAAAAACUCGUAAUUUUAUCACAGCAGCUAAACACAACUACUCGUAUAAAAAUAUAUUAUGAAAAAACGAUGACAACAUUGGUACUUAUAAUAAUGUUUACAUGUUCUUAUAUUUUCUGAAAAAAACUGAAGAUAAACUAUUACAAUUGCCAAAAUUAGUAUAGUAUAUCUAUCAUAUCGCUCUGAACUAUACCUAUGCUCUAUGUUAUCUGCAAUAUUGAUUAGUGCUCUUUAAACAUUAUUAACUGAUUUAAAUGCAUCAUGUAAGUACUGUUAGCCGUUAAAAAUAAAAUACCUACUCUAAAAAGAUGACCAAACCGGCUAUAGGUAUAAAUAUAAAUAUAAAUAUGUCGACUGAUAUUAAAACUUGUAAAUCAUAAUUUUCGAAAAUAUUACUACACAUUUUAAGUAUUUUAAUACAAAAAUACUUGAUUAUACAUGAUAAGUGCUAAUAGACUAUUAUGUAUAUUACGAGUAUGUACUAUAAUAUAUUAUGUUAUAAUGUCUGAUGCGGUAAAUGAGUUGAUAUAAUAUUUAAUUGAAAACUUAAGAAAUAGAAUUUUAAUGUAAACAGUAUAAAUUAUUAUCCGCACUUAAAAUGACGAAGGAUAAUUUCAUUGAAGUGUUGUAUACGAGUACAUAAUAUAUAUGUCGUCGGCCGUAUGGAAAAUAAGUCUUUUUGCGAAAAGACUAGGCUCUUUGCAAUAGGGUAGCCCGUUUGCGAACUAUUUAUUAUUUUUCAAAACGGCCUACUGUUUUUCGGGCUUAUUGUAUACAGAUUAACAGCAGAUAGGCCCUUUAAGAACUACAAUUAUUAUACAGUAAUAACCAUUUUACUUAUUUUAUUUUAAGCGUAUAAACUCUAUCAAUGGCGAGUAUCAGUGAAGUUUAGAUUAGUAAAACAUUUACUUAUUGUAAAUUUUCGUGUUACAUUUUUUUUGUCUACAACUGUGCCAAUUAUAUUUUGAGUGUCUAAUGGUACACGAUCUACUUAAUAUGUAAAAUGGUUAUUGCUAUAUAAUGAUUGUAGUUCUUAAAGGACCUAACUGUGUUAAUUUGUGUGCAAUAAGCCUGAAAAACAAUAGGGUGUUUGGAAAAAUAAUAAGUAGUUAGCAAACGGGCUACCCCAUUGCAAAAAGCCUUGUUUUUCCGCAAAAAGACUAAUUUUCCAUAUGGCCUAUGACGUAUACAUAAACCCGAGUUUUAGAGAUGUAUCCCCUUGCUUGUAUGUAUAAAUGCUUGCAUUUUUUGUAACAGCAGAUUUGUGAAUUUUCUAACGUGAAUUUUGAACGCUUUGUCUUUUGCAGGCUCAAUGAGCAGUAAGACAAAUAUGACCGACUUCCAGAGGACCAGAAGCAAGGUGUGGUUUUCAAAUUUGGAUGUUGAUGACGACGAUGUGCACCAUCUGCACUCGUGGCGCCGGCAACCGUCCUCGUCGCCGGAGAGCAGGCGAGUAUCGUCCGGAAGUCCGAGCAACGGUAGUCACAGGUCACAGGACUCGGGGUUCUCGGACUCGGAGAGCAGUCCACCGGGCCCGUCUAGAAGUUUACUGCCGAAAGAUGACCAAAAUCGACCGUGCGGCAACGUCGGGAGCUCGUUCGCUGACGAGUUGCCCAACGGUGUGCUGCCGGAAACUUCUGCGCCUUGCUGGGUACCGUCACAGUCCGAAACACCGGAACCGUGCAGUUGUUUCCUGCCAGCAUGCGAGUUGUCUCGAAAGUUCCGGUUUAGCCCAACUACGAGAACUCUGUCGCAGCAAGCCGAAGAACCGGUCACGCCCAACCGGACAUGCUUCAUCGUUGAUGAGUUACCCAAGAGUAGCGGUGGUAGUGGCGUGGUACUGCAACUUCAGUCCACCCCGAGUUCUAUAAAAAGUUUUGACGGUCAUUUCGAUAGAUCCGAAAACAUCACCGUAGUGGAAAAUGUCAAACAAGAUGACAGUGGUGCGGGUGAUGGUGACGAUUUAAUCAUCGAACCACCCACACCGUUUGUAGACCAUUUCUGCACUGACCGUGACACCCCGGACGCCGCGAGCCUUUCCAACGGAUCCGAAGACGGGCCAGAUACACCUGAACACACGUCCACGCCAAAAUCGACCAAAGACAGAUGUUCUACGCCCAGAUUUCAUUACAGAAAAGAACUACAGAUGAAGAAAUCAAAAAUUCUACAAAACAGCAACGACAGGUACAAGUAAAUGGUACUUUUUUGGUAAAUUAAUUGCAUAUUUAAUACCCUAUUUGCGGAUCUAAGUAUAGGACAUAAAAUAAAACUAAAAUUCAAAAAUAAAAAUCAAAGGACGAAAACUGGAGAGAGUAGCCUAAUAAAAAAAUGUCAGAUAUUAUUAGAGAAGUAGAUGAGGAAAUGAUAACCAAUAGGGAGAUGCGAUGGAUGCCAAAGAUAAGAUUAGUUGACCACGCUUACAUUAUGAGAUAUAGGCGAUGAGAAGACUAUUUCAUAUUAUGUUUGUGUUACAAAAUUAAUUAUUGUUUUUAUGAAUUUAUCUAUAAUAAAAUCUUUGAAUAAACCUAUACAUAUUAUUAAAUUAAAUAAUCAAAUAGCAACUAUUUAACUUUCAGAACUGAAUGUGAAAAUGAGGUGACUGUUGGCCAGUGGUUAAACGAACUAAGAUUUAGAUGUGAACCCGAAUGUAUGACUACCUUGCAGUCGAAGUCAAUCGCAACUUCAGAAGACACUUGUCGUCUUUCUACAAUUGUAUGCACCGACUCCGAGGUCGUACGGGACCUUUAUCAACGUACAAAAGUAAUAUCGGACGAAUUUAGAACAGUUUAUAAGUACGUACAUCAACAUAUCGUACACUUAUAAUACAAUAUUGUUCCUAUCUAUACAAUUACUCGUAAAUUACUUUUUGUCUUAUAUCUUUAGUGAUCUGAACAAAUGCCGAAAAGAAAAUUUCGGUCCAUCUGUUCAAACAUUAACUGGACUACUGUUAGACUUUGUAUGUGACCAUGAAAAUGAAUUGUCUGAGUUCGGCCAGGAGCUAUGCGACGAGCUGGUCGACGUUACAGAAAAACUAAGAAUUCAUGCUAACCGACGCCUGGGCAACAGAAAAAUUAUUCUCAACGACGUGGCUGCUUUAGGGCAAAUAUUUAGCGAAUUAGUCGAUACUUUGUUAUUGAAAAGAAUACAGGUAUUAACCGAAAAGUUACGAGCUUUAAUUGUUUAUACUAUUGAAUUAUGAAUAAUACAUUGAAUUUCAGUCAUUGGUAAAUAUAUUGGAAGAGCCAAGCACUGAUAUUGAACUGGUUAAGACCAUGUCCAGUAUCAACAGUCUAGGAUUGGACAGUGUUCAUCUUGGUAAUUUAAUGACGAAAUGUGAUGGUGUCCGAUCGCUGCUAACUGUAUGUUUAGACGCUGUGUCUAGUACUGUCAGAUCAGCUGCUCUGCGUACAUUAGCCAUGGUAUGUUGCUCGUCGGAUAGCAUCAGACAAUUUUGUGAGGUGAGUAACCGAAUAAAUCGUGUUAAUACUGCAAAGUACAUUCUUAACCGUUUAAAAAUGCUUAACUUUUAUUAUUAACUACGUAUAUUACAGGCGGGAGGCGUAGAGAUUCUGUCCGAUAUGUUGGGAAACAAAAACCGCUCGGAAAAAGAACUUACCGAUGCCGUGUCAGUAUUGGCUCAAAUUUCCACUCCUUUGAUCGAAGAAAACCAUGUUACCCUAGCGCUCAAAGAAUACUUGAACCACAUCAUACCAUCGUUGACAUGUAUGUAAUCUUAAUGGAGUCUAUUACACAACACUUCUAUCACUUCCCUGCACUACAUCCAGCUACACUUAUUUCCUAAUAAACGUUUCUGUAUACAAUUUAAUGAUAUUAAACUCACGUGUGUCCAUGCAGACCUGAUAGAAACCACAGAGUCCGCGGAAAUGCUGCUACUGUCGGCCGCAGCUCUGGCCAACAUCACAUUUAUGGAACCAAAUAAUGCAGUUUGGACCAUACUGAAAAACGGCACGGCCGGGUCGCUGAUCGAAGCGGUCCGGAAAACCGGGACCGGGGCCUCGGUGUUCCUGCAAGAGCAGACAGCCACGCUCUUGGCCAACAUGGCCGUCGUCCCUGAAACCAGACCAUACAUGGCAGCCAAUCACGCGGUUGUCGCUCUACUAUGUUUUCUACAGGUGCGCCGCUCACCACUGCAACGCGUUCCCGAGAUGUUAGCCGCCGAACGGCUACAGCACAAAACCGCAAUCGCCUUGUCCAGGUAAGCUGACGGAGUAAUGUAGUCGAAUUAAAGAUGCCUGAGCCCUGUUGUCCCAGUAAAAAAAAUUCAAAUAUUUUACAAACACAUCAGUAUAACAUUAUAAGAGACAACUUAUAACUAUACAAAAAAAAAAUUAUUUAAAUGUAUUGAUUUUCAAUUAUUUGUAUUUAUUUUUUUUAUAUAUACUGUGUACAAAAGUUCUACCAGAAAUAUUAUGGCCUUUCAAAACAUGUAUAACCGAGCUCAGCUCAGAAUUGUUUUUCGUUACCAAUGAUUUAUCGAUACGUACAGAUAUACAUCAAAUUUUUAUCUGUAUCCUUCCUUCACAACUUCUCACCUACAACAGUGACCCACCCAUAGUGCGAAGUAUGUCGGUCUUUUUUUUUUGUUUAUAACACAAAAUUAAUACUGUAAAAAUGUACACGUUUAAAAAGUUAGUCCGAUAUGACGUGAUAUUUUAUAUUAUAUAUUAAAUUCUAUAAAAUAAAUAUUGGUAGGUAUUUUAAGUUUUACAAAUAAUGUUUUUAAUAUAAGAAUAAAAUACAAAAAUUCAAACAUUUCAGAUAAAGUGAAUAUGUAUCGCUUUAUCCAACUGAAUUCGAUUGGACAUUUGUUGUAGAAUGAAAUAUUUUCCUAUAGUAAAGUUAUCGCAUAUUUUGUGAUUUAUUAGAUAAUAUCGUGAUACAUUCUGUAGACAGUACAUAAUACCUAGUUCAUAUUAUUUUAUGUACACAUAAGAAUACACAUCAUAAUAAUAUAAUAGGUAUGUCACAAAAAUUUUUAUAUAGGUAUAGGUACACACAACACGCACAAUCGGUUGGGGUUGCAACGAUUGAUUAAUAUUAUAUUAUUGAAGAAUUGUUUAUAUGGAACAGUUCGGCCAUCAUUAUUCAUGCAUAUAAUAAUAAAUAUUAUUACUAUAUUAUAGGUUGUGCAGCGAUGUGCAAGUGUCUAAACAAGUCGUGGAACUGGAAGGAGUUAACCGUAUGAUAAGGUUGUGCAAAGACGAACGUGAACGAAAUCAUAGUGACGGAGUUUUAGUAGCGUGCUUGGUAAGUAGAUACAAAUUAUGUAACUUGUUUUUUAUAUAAAUAUAUAUAUAUAUAUAGAUAAUACAAAAUUAUCGUUUCUCGAUGACAACUCUCUUUGCCACUGAAAUUAUAUAUUUUUUUUUUCUUGAAUAGUUUAUAAUACAAGCAGCUCUAAAAUGUUGUAUUACUGUUAUUUUUUGUCACCCUAAUAAUUGGGGGUGACCGGUGAAGCCACUAUACACUUAUGAUUUUUAGAUAGAAACCUUUAUUAAAAAUUCCAUGAAUAUAUACAUAUAUAAAUAUAUAUUUUUUUUUAUUAUUUAUUAUAAUUUUAUUAUAAUAUUUUGGUGUUAAAAUUUUCAAUUUGUUAACGAGAUAUUCCACUUUUAAGUUUGGGUAGAAAAGAGUAGUUAAGCAUCAUUUAUGUUGCUACGCGAAUUAAUAUAAUCAAAUAUGACGAAUCUCACGUAAUUUAAUAAUUUUAUUGGUAUAAAAUAUAGUCUUAUUUAAUUGUAAUUAACUUAUAUUGCAGUACACAAAAUGAUACCUAUUAUAUAUGCCUAUAUUUAUUUUUAACCCCUGUGUGAUAUUAACGAUAUAAAGUUAUAAUUAAUAAAAUUGUGAUUCGUUUUGUUUAGGCCUCGUUACGAAAAAUCGCUGCAAAUUGUGGCAAAGACAAAAUAAUGAACCAGUACGAUGCCGCUGAGCUGGUAGAACCAAGACUGUUGGACUCAUUCCUUUUGUAUUCAUCAAAACAAGAGAGUUACGUUUAAAAUAUAAAUAUAUUAUUAUAAUAUGUAUUUUAUUUUUGUUUAACCCAAAGGAGAAAAUCAAAUUCGACCACAUAAUAUAGAUACUUAUAAAGUGACACGUUCAGCAGGUAGACUUGGUAGGCCCGGAUGUACCCUGAUUUUUUUUGAGCCAAACAUAAGUAAUGUGUAACAAAUUUUGUUCCCUUUCUUAAACAUGCAAAAGUAUUACCAUAUGAUAAAAAUAAUCAAAAUAUGUGUACAGACAUCUACGACUUCUACACGUCUUCAUAAUUUAGUGUUAAUAUCAAUUGAAAAGAAUUUCAGUUUGAUGUUAGUUCAAUGUCCUACAAAGAUUAAUGAGUUUACUAAAUUUAAUAAUAACUAAUUCAAUUUAUAUAUUUAUAUAUGACUGAUUACCAAGUAAAUUUACAAGUUUAAUUUAUAAAAUUAUCAUAAAUAAUUUUUAAUUAUAAUAUAAUAUAAUAUAAUAUAAUAAAAAUAUAUUUAAAAUAUCUACCUAUUAAUAAAACAAUAAAAAUGUGUUUAUACAAAUUGUGGUAAGAAUAUCAGAAAAAUUGGAAAAAUGGGAUUUUGGAUAAAUGAUUUGCUUAAAUGAGAUAACACCACAAAAUAAUUAUACUUAUAACCGGGCCUAUUCUGAAUUUUGAUCCUGGACAUGCCUCUGUACUUAUAUCAUAUAAUCUUUAGUCUUUACAUAUAUACCUAUAUACUUAUAAUAUGUAUUAGUAUUAAUAAUUAUAAUUUUUGUUUGUGUACUCUUUUUAUAUAGAUAUAUAACCAUCUUUUAGAAGACAUGAAAUAAUGUGUGAAACAUUAUUUUAUUUAACUGUAUUUUUGUUAAAUAAGUAAUUAACUAUAUUAAUGUAUGAAGAUUAUAUCUAGUCUAAAUAAAUAAAUCAUGACAACGUGCCAAUGAUGUACCUACCUAAAUAAUAAUGUUUAGAAGGUACUAAACUCACAGAAUUGAUGAAACUCGCCCCCUGUAAACUGUUUUUAUCAAUGACUCUGUAAUCAUGUUUUACUAUUAUUAUUACUAUUAUAAUUAUAUUAUAUAUUUUAUCAUUAUUAUUAUAACUACACUUAUAUUUUUAUAUCAAAUUAACUUGUUUAUUUAAAAUGAAUAGGUGUGUAUGGAUAAAAAGUUAAUUAAAUUGUAUUUAAAUAACUUUACUAUAAUGCAG